CUUCUAACUGCAGCAACAUUGGGUGGCAGAAGAUAGAUUAUAUUCACUGAGACAAACACGGCAAUACAGGUUAACCUUAGCACUCUGAAUCUUUAUUUCUUUACAAUCUUUAUAAGGUAAGCGUUUAGUCUGUAAGCUUUUUAAUUAUGCUAAGCAUUUUCUCUGUGAUCUUGAAUGUUCUUGAAAUUUGAAAAUACUAUCACUUUUAGUACCAUGUUAAUUUUCUGAUAUUGCCAGUUUAUCAGGUCUGGCACAAUACAUGUAGUAUAGAACCUAGCAUUCUAACUGCGCAUUAACAGAGAGACUUUUCAUGGAAGAAUUAGAAUGAUAGGAGUUUUGGGCCACUAAAUGAUGCUGGAUGUCCUCAUGCUUUGUAUUCCUAGCAGUAUAGUACCCCUUUAAAUAUUAAAAGGUAGCUUAAUGCAGAAUGCAAGGACGGCACCAUCACACCCCAUAAACUAUAACCACUUCAAUGAUAUAGAGUAGUUAUUGUGCCUACAGUGUCCUAUUAAGUUAUCUGGAACUAGUCAGUGCUCACUUGCCAAAUGCCAAUCAUUAUGUAUCCUCAGAGGCAUAGCUAGGUGACUUGUUGGCACCCGCCUUCCCAAAUGUAAACAUUUGUGUGUCGCUUCUGCACAUAUGUGUGUAUAAACUGUCCAUUAUUGUGUGUUUAUCUUAAUACCCCUUUUAACCUUGUGUGUAUCUUGAACCCUUUCACUUUCUUAUGUGUCUACAGACACACACUUAGUUACAGUCACAGCCAUACACACAUAGUCACAGGCACACAUACACUUACAAACACAGCUACAUACACAGGCACACAAAUAAUUACAGUCACUCACACACAGAAACACACAAAGUUACAGUCACUCACUCACAUACACAGAGGAGCGUAUUCACAUUCACUGGUGUCUAGUGGUCGGAGAAGCAGGGACUGUUUCCUGCUCACCCUUCAGCAUGUAGCCAUUCCAGGAAGCCAGUAGAUCAAGCCUCUGCCGCUGUUGCUUCAGUAGACGUGGCAGCACCGGUGCUGUGCCCCUCUUCAUCUGCUGCCCAGGGUACAUGCUACCCCUCUUAGUUUGGCUGCAGUGUAUCCCCAUCUAACAAUAGGAAGGCUUAGUACAUACCUUAGGCUGACACCCAACGUGCUGCAGAUGGCAACAUGUAUAAAAAUGGAUGCUCACUAUUAAAAUCCCAGCAGUGCUUGAGAUAAAAAGAAACAACAAACAAGGAACAAGCACGGGUCUAUGCUCCCACCCAUAGCCUGUUGGUAGGGUCUUAAUUUGAAUACAUACCAUUGUCUGCCCAUGCUGCCACCCAUGUUUAAUAAGUAGUAAAUACUAAUAUAUAACUGGAGAGAGUAUGCCAGUGUGCCCUCCCCGCUCCAUUAUGUUCUGCGGAUGUGUGCCAUUAUUAAGUUAAUGGGCAGACAUGCAAUUUUCUUGGGCACUGGUUGAGGGUGCAAUAUCCCCACUGACAAUUCAAGGUGGGAAAAACUUUUAUAAAGGAAAUGUUAGUCAGAUAGUUGUAAAGCCAAUCAACUAGAGCGCUCUGACAAGACUUGCAGUGUAUAUUCAUUUUUUUUUGAGGCCGACAAAGAUCCUUUUAAGAUCAUACUAAUACAAUCUGACUUUCUCCUGGAUAGAAAGAUACUAGCUUCCAGGGGCGUUACCAGAGCAUUUGGCACCUGGGGCGGAUCCUGUGUUUGGCACACCCUCUUUCCUCCCCCUCUUUAAAAUGUAAAGAACACCCACACAUUUUUUUUAAUGUUUUUAAGAAUAUUUAUUGCACAAAUUUGUAAAUUGUAUAUCAACUCGAAAACACUAGAACUAUGAAAAAUAAAUGAACUUAGAAAAAAAACAUUGUCCUCCCCCCAUUAUACAAAACCCCUGCCCUGACCCAUUAUACAUUCCCCCUUAUACAAAACCCCUGCACCCCAUCCACAAACAUCUGCCCCCCUUCCACAAAAAGCCCUGCCUUUCUCCAUUCUUGAAAAAUCCUGUCCUGCCCCCUUAUACAAAACCCCUGCACUUCAUCUUUCUUAACAUUAAUGCACCCCUUUUUAAAAAUACUGCACCCCACCUUCACAUAAAAACACUGUAUGCCCCCUACAUAUAAAAAUAUAAAAACCCUGCAAUUGUAAUAUUUGUGGGAACUGUGUUUAAAUAAUCGUGAUAAAUUGGACUUGGAGGAAAGGACAGCCCUUGCAUUUAGUACAAGCUAAGUGAAUGGGUUUGGAAAGAGUAAUUUAUCUUAAUUCUGGCACAGUUUUUUUUUACAUUUAUUGCUGUGGAUUUCAAAAAAUGUCCAGUUUACCUUGUGAAAAGCUUUUUAGUGUCAGUUAAAAAAACAUUAAUUCAGUGUUAGAUGAGUACAGUGAGCAAUGGUAAUAAUUUGGAUCACCGCCUAGUAAGAUUACAAUGUCACUUCUUCAUAAUGGUGCCAAGAAAAGUUACAUGAUUUUCUGCCAAAGUUGCUGCAUUUUAAUAUGAAUGUUGCCUAUAUUUCUUGUUUAGUCUCCUAAUUUUGCUGCCAAGUGGUGAAGAUGAAAAAUAAAAAAUAUAUCUUGAACCCCUUUACCUUUUGUCUUGAAUGUACAAUUAAAUAUGGAUACCUAAUUACCAGAAAUUCAGCUAUAAACUGAUUGCCAAAUGGUUUAUAGGAAAAUUUCCAGAAUGUUAAGUCCUUCAAUUUAAACUGAGACCCAAGAUCUUUCAAGAAGUGUUCUACUAAUUAUGCGGUAAACUACAAUGUAUUGUAUUAGGUUUAUUGACACAUUAACCCCUUAAGGACACAACUUCUGGAAUAAAAGGGAAUCAUGAUGGAAUAUUUCCGUCAUGUGUCCUUAAGGGGUUAAUGGCUGGCGAUGAGCUGUUAAUAAUGUCAAAGCAAUUCCACUGUUGUUACAUUUGAACAACUUUUGACAUUAUGAAUUAAGUGAAAAAGUCACAGAUGUAUUACGUUAAGUACUCGUGUUUAAGCGAUCACAAUCCUAUGGAAGGACAGUUGACACUUUAAUGGAACCAUCAAACAUUUUGUGGAUUCAGCAAAACCUUACUGUUUGCUCUGAGCUGAUGAGAAUGGUUCAAUUAAAUGUUCUCUUUGCGAUGCAUUUCAUUGGACCAUUGAGAGGGAAGAAGCAAUGUGAAAUGACUCCAAACUGGACAUGAAAAGGAGACCUUCUCUCUGUGCUGGAUUCAAGGUAAGAAUUUACUCUUUUAACAGGUCUAGGGGUUAAAAAAAUGGGGGAGAGGAGAAGGGGGAGGUGGACAUAGCAGUGCCCAAUAAGGCAGUAUAACUUAUAAAACCUGCUACACAUACAGGGGAAGGGGGCAUGUAAUCAAUUUGUCAAGCAGAAAUCGGCAACAUCAGUGCCAGUGAAUCUGCAGAAGUGUAGAUAUUCAUCACAUAGGCUUAAUAUUAUAUAAAAAAAAAAUAGGAUUUAAUGGUUGUAUUAUUACAACCAAUAGUAGCUAUCUAACAGCGUCAUUCCAUGAAUGCCUUUUCAGAUUUUUUAUAGACAAGAAUGACUUUGCACUAUUUGCACUCUAUAGGUAAAAUCCCUUUGAUAAAACCGCCAUUCCCACAACAAGCAUACUUUCACUUUCCUCACACAUACCAGUUAUGUGCAAUUAUAUUAUUGCCAUUUACACAAAAAGCCUGCUGAGUGCUAAAUGGUUUGAAACUUUUGUUACUACAGUAAAAUUUAACAUAUUGGUUACUAUGAUAUAUUCCCUUUUUUUUAUACAGCUAUUAGCUAACAUACUGCUAUUGAUAAACAGCAAUGUGAAAGAAAUCAGAUUUAACACAACAUAGUUACAUGCCUACCAUAAUAGGAUUUUGAUCAACAAAACCCGUUCUAUUUGAUGACAUGAAAUGGAACAGAAGUCAGAAAAUAAAAUAUAUAAAUUGUCUAUUACAGUUGAGUCUACAAAUAGUAGAGCUGUUGAAUGUUACUGGCCUAGCUGCAUGUUUCUAUAAUUGACCUUGAUCAGUGGCCCUCUGCCAAUGCUGUGUGUCAUUAGGCUUGGUUCCGAAGGUAGAUACUUGAUAUCUGGAAGAUUAUCUUGGCUAUAUGAAGCAGAUGAGCAGUUUGCUAACUAUUAUUCUUGAUCAAGGGAAAAUCUGUCACAUGAAAUGAGUAUACACAUCAUAAUUAUGUGACUGACUUUAGAAAACUUCCCUUGAGUCUUCAGGCUUUAAGAAUUUUCACAACUAACAUUGUAAACUUAAUUAAAGGGGUUCUUCAAAGUAGAUACAACAUUUAUAUAAUUUGUUUACUAUCUAAAUAGGCAAGAAAAAAAAACAUGCUGUUUUGUUUAGUUUUGUUAUUUGAUUUCCCCCCCUUGUGUUUUAAACAGGGGUCAAGUCCUGGGGGAAAAAGUGUGGAAACUCACCAAAUAUCCACCCCCCCCCCCUUUCCCCCAUCCAAAAGCAUCUUCACCUGUGUACCUCUUAAUCCACAUUUUGUUUCUUAUGCCAUUUUUAAAAUAUCUUACCCCCUUUAAUGUAUCUUAUCCAUUAUUUUUCCCCAUUGUGUGUUUUACACCUUCCUUGUGUAUCUCUUACAACCCCCCUUUGUGUGUAACUUUCUCUCCCAGCCCCUUUGUGUCUUUUUUACUCUUACCAGCUCCUUUGUGUGUUUCUCUUUUACCACCAGCCAGUCUAUCUCCCCCCAGUCCAUCUGUGUCUCUAUUUCCUAUUCUCUAGCCCCUCUGUGUCUCUUUCACCCCCAGCCCCUUUGUAUUUCCACCCCAUGCUCUUCUGUGUGUCGCUUUCAUCCUCAGCCCCUCUGUGUGUCCUUCUCCCUCCUCAUGUCUCUCUGUGUAUCUUUCUCCCCACUCAGGCCCCCCUGUGUGCCACUCUCCCCUACAUGUCCUUUAGUGUUCCUCUCUCCUCCCCUCCAUGUCCAUUAGUGUCCCCACCCUUACCUGUCUCUUAGUGCCCCCAUUACCCUUAAUGUUCCUCUCCAUUCUCUAUUAGUGGUCCCCUCUACCCCAGUGUUUCUUUUCCCUUCCCUCCCCUGUACCUUAGUGCCCCUUCCCCCUUUUUUAGUGUACCCCCCCAUACCCUGUCCAAGAGUGUUCUUUCCCAUUUCCCCCCACCCCUGUCCCAUGGUGUUCUCCCUUCCAUAGUGUUCCUUCCCCCCCGCUCCCCUGUCCCAUAGUUUAUAGUUUCCCUUACCACACCUCCCUCCCCUGUCCCACAGUGUUUUUCCACCCCUCCCCGUACCAUAGUGUUCACUUUACCCUUGUCCCAUAGUUUUUUCCCCCCUACCCUGUACAGUGUUUUUCCCCCUCCCCUGUCCCAUAGUUUUCUCCCCCCCUUCUCUGCCCCAUAGUGUUCCUUACCACAACCCCUCCCUUGCUCCAUAGUGUUCUUUCCCCCUUUUCCCCUGUCCCAUAGUGUUCUUCCACCCCCUGCCCCAUCCCAUAGUGGGACCCCUUCCCCUGUCCCAUAGUCUCCCCCCCCUCCCCUGCCCCAUAGUGUUCUUCCACCCACCCAUCUUAUUGUGUUACUUACCAUCCCCCCAGUGGCGUACUAAGGGGGGGGGCAGAGGGGGGCGGUCUGCCCCGGGUGCCAGCAGGGUGGGGGGUGCCUUGGGAGGGGGCGCCACCAGGAGCACCGGCCCCCCUCAUGCUGCAGCCGCCCAAGCCUCAGGCGGCUGCAGCUUUGUCCGCCCGGGCGCAGCCUGAGGAGAGGGGCUGACAGGAGGGAGAGUGACAAGGGGGGGAGAAAGAGAGAGUGACAAGGGGGGGAGAUAAAGAGAGUGAUGGGGAGAUAAAGAGAGGAAAGAGUGACAGGGGGAGAUAAAGAGUGACAGGGGAGGAAAGAGAGUGACAAGGGUGGAGAUAAAAGAGUGACAAGGGGGGAGAAAGAGAGUGACAAGGGGAGAAAAGAAAGAGUGACAAGGGGGGAGAAAGAAGAAGGAAAUAACAAGGGGGAGAAAGAAGUGACAAGGAGGGAGAGAGGAAAGUGACAAGGGGAAGAAAUGAGAGAGUGACAAGGGGGAGAUAAACAAGUGACAGGGGAGAAAGACAGUGACAAGGGGGAGAAAGAGAGAGUGACAAGGGGGGGAGAAAGAGAAAGUGACAAGGGGGGAGAGAAAGAGAGUGACAAGGGAUGAGAUAAAGAGAGUGACAAGGGGGGGAGAGAAAGAGAGUGACAAGGGAGGGGGGAGAGAUUGACAUCCAUCACACACACACAAUCACACACAAUGCACCCCUUGCACACAGAAAAACACACAAUGCAUUACACACACAGACACACAUACACAAGCAAUGCAACCCUUACACAUAAUGCAUCCCUUACACAAACAGAAACACACAAUGCAUUCAUUACACACACUCAAUGCACCCCUUACACACACUCAAUGCAUCCCUUACAGACGCACACAUUGCAUCCCGUACAUACACAGAAACACACCUUGCAGCCUUUACACAUACAAACACAGAUUCACACAAUGCAUUCCUUACAUACAUAUCAGGACAUCACCUACAAACUCAUUGGUGGAACAUGAAGGUGGACCUUGGGACCCAGACCAUGAGCUGUGUAAAGGGCCCCCAAAAACUGGAACUGCUUCCCGUUCUCCCAGAACAUUGAUUUUUGUGACCACAGUUACAAACCGCCUCCAGAGAGCCUGUUCUACACCAGACCAGUGGAGCCAGACUGCAGCUAGAGCCCAUCAUCAUCCUCAUCUGGUUGUAAGUAGGCAAUCUAGUAUAUUAUUCGUCGCACUAAUCUCUAAUUUACCUCACAUUAAAGAAACAGUAUAGUCCCCAGAACCACUGCAGCUUAAUGUAGUGGUUCUGGUGUCUAUAGCCUGUCAAUACAGGCCUUUUAAUGUAAACACGGCGGCACUGCAGCACUGGCGUUAGAUAACAUGGCAAAUCAUAUGGGUGGGGCAUUGUGAUGUCACAUGGGGGGGCGGAAAAGUUUACUUUUGCCUAGGGCGGCAAAAAUCCUUACACCGGCCAUGGCUGGAGGGGGCUGUGUGAGCUGUGGCUGCACAGUACCCCAUGGUAGUUAAGGUGCCGUGCGGCCAGUACAGCUCACACAAGCAAACAGCUGAUAAACUGGAGGAGGAAAAGUGGGGCGGAGCUAAGCAAAAUCGGAGGUGGCACCAAACUGGCGCUGGGUUGGGGCUUUUGGGAGGCAAGGGAGUGCCAAGCACAGGAUCUGCCCCGGGUGCCAAAUGCUCUAGGUAUGCCCCUGCAUCCCCCAUAGUGUUCUUCCACAUCAAUCUCAUUGUGUUCCAUACCACUCCCCUCCCCCAUACCAAAAUGUUCCUUACAACCCCCCUCCCCUGUCCCAUAGUGUUCCUUCCCACACCCCCUCCCCUGUCCCAUAGUGUUCCUUACCACCCCCCUCCUGUCCCCAUAGUGUCCCCUUUUACCACCCCUCCCCUGUCCCAUAAAGUGUUCUUUUCCCUCCCCUGUCCCAUAGUGUUCUCCUUACCACCCCUCCCCUGUCCCAUAGUGUUCUCCCCUUACCACCUCCCAUAGUGUUCUUCUCCUUACCAAAACCCCUGCUCUUCCCUACUAAAACCCCUGUCCCAUAUUGUCUUCAUCCACCCCUGCCCCAUAGUAAGUUCUCCUUACCACCCCCUCCCUCCUCCCAUAGGGUUCUUUCUUACCACUCCCCCAACCAUCCCUUAGUGUCCCUUUUUCCUCCCCCCCCACCCCCCCACUCACCCCUUUGGUCCCUACCUCUCUUUGUAGUGUGGCCGAGCGGAGCAGACCGUGGUUCAGGUCUCAGUGAGCACUUCCUUUCAGUCCGGCCGGGUACAGGAAACUAAAGUUCCUGCACUGCGGUGCGCACUGUGCAGCACUGACCCAGGAAGCACAUCCAGUAGGCAUCUGAGUGACUGCCACUAGAGGUGUCCUUAGGCAGUAAGGUAAACACUGUUUACAUUAAAAUACACACCAGAACAACUAGCUGUAGCUGUUCUGGUGACUCUAGUGUCCCAUUAAUGAAAGGACACUGUGUUGAAAAUGACGUUCUGGAACAGUUCUCUGGUCCUGACAUCCACUUUCCGCAAGAUCUUACUAAUAUUACAACUCUCAUUACCAUUCCUAGCAUAUAUGUUUUCAAGUGGGUGACUCAUAACACAAAUUAAAUAGAUAUGCAACAAGGGAAAGAACAUUGGAAAGUAUUAGAACACUACGUCAUGCUGUGGACAGAAAAACCUGGGGGAAUUUACAAUUUGCAAUUUCCAACUUUACUUAUACUUUAAAUAAGUGUUAAUGCAAUAAAAAUAUGAUUAAAAAGCAGGAUUGAAUUACAGACUUGUGUAGUCACUUUGGCUGAUUUUGCUUUCUUUUAGCUGAAGUUUGCAUGAACAGCACAUAAUGCUGUUAGGCUAGUAAACAAUAUUAAAAACAUAAAAAGGGGAAUUGAUUUUUUUCUUUCUUAUUAUUAUUAAAGGUUACUAGAACUUUUACAAUUUUUUUUAUUUAUACUGCCCUAGUGGGCACUACUAUGUCCACCUAUCUUUUGUAAUCCCAAAUUCUGUAAAUUAAGUAAAAACGUACCUUGAAUCCAGUGCCAGAGUGUUUUUUUAAAGCCUAUCCAAUGUCACACUGCAUCAUGUCUUCCCUCUCUAUUGUCCAAUAAAAUGCUUCUCACAGUGUAGUAUUUAAUUGGACCAUUUUCUCUAGCUUAGGGAGCAUGUACAUGCUCUGAGCCAUGGAGGAGAGGGAGUGGGGGUACUAGAAGAAUUAGUGAGUUAGUGAGGGUAGUGGCGUAGCUGGGGGGUAAAGUGAACGGUCCACCACGGAUGAUACUUUUUUGGGUGCAACACUUUACUGGGCCUGGCAUGCUCCAGAGCUGGUGGACCGGGCAGAGGUGCUGGUGGAGCUCAGCCAUGCUACAUGAAUUAACCAGCAAGAGAGGACCACUAUGCUGUACAAAUCGACCAGCACCUCGGUACGGCCAACCGACUCUGAAGCAUGCUACAGGCUGUGUGGAGGGGGUGGAGAUCUGAGUCACAUCAUAUCCCUGCUUCCUGUAUUCAUCACAGAGCGGCGGUGCAUUAGUGAUAAGGCUGGGCUGAGAUAGGCAGCAAACUCAGGAACAGCCCCAGGUGGAAAAAGCUCUAGCUACACCACUGAGAGAGGGAAUUACAAAAAAACAAAACAGAGGACUAUAAAUGGGAGGCAGGAAAGGCACAGAGGGCUCAAAUGAAAGAGUAAGAGAGGGAGGGGAGAUUUUGGUUUCUACUUGGAGACACACUUCCAGUUCAAGCUGAAACAGAUUUCUACUACCAUGACCACUUCUAAAAUCAGAAGUGGUUAUGGAGGUUGGAGUAACCCUUUAAGUGGGUGGACCUCAAUAAUAAAAUUCAGGAGGAAGACCUAGUGUCACACUUCCCCACCCAUGGACUCCCCAGGCUGGUGUGGGCGGUGGAUGGGGGCUCUAAAUAAUUAAACAAAAUGUAAAUAAUCAUACCUACCCGAUCUCCCAAAUAUGAGUGAACAGGGGGCCACUAAACUAAAAUACCUGUACAAAUCUAAAAAUAUAUACUUACCAUAAGUAGUUUUCUUUCUUCUAACUUCUUUUCAUCAGCCCCCCCACAAAAAAAUCCAUAAUUCCUGACACAACUAAUAUAUUUUAGAAAAAUAUGAAAAAAACCUGAUUUACAAAAAAAAGAAAACAUUUUUUAAAAUGCUAUGCAACAAAUUUAAUUAUUUUUUUCCCUGUGAGGGCUUGCUGCAGACUGAGCACUAUGACAGCUAUUAAAUUAUGUGGAAAAAUCAGUAAGAGUGUUAUAAUUGUUGGUUGAAAACUUGAGAGAAGUGAGAGGGACAUGCCACUAUUUGGGAGUGUGGUCAAUGGCAUGUCCAUUCUGCGUGCUAGCCAGUCAUCGCAGUAUAAAAGUUAAAAUAAAUAAGAAUCCUUUGGGGGUUAAAAUGUUUUCACAGGCCUUAACGUAAACCUUAUAUAGGGACUAGGCAGCAAUGGCCGUCCAAUUACCAGUUUUUAAUGUUUAGUAGAUAUGCCACCACAAAUCAAAAUGAAUUAGGAGGCAUAUGAAGGUUUAUAGCCUCCACUACAGUAAUAUUAGGGUCAUAUUGAUCCCCCUGGGAUAUAUAUAUAUAUAUAUAUAUAUAUAUAUAUAAAUUUGUUAAACUGUUUAAUGUGGCAUUUGGUUUUGAAACACUAGCCAGCUGCCACAUAAUUAACCCUCUCGACAAGGUUUUUCAACUCUUUUCUCACUGGCUGUUAGCGCUGUAAGUGGGUAAAUAGUUCAGAUUUGUUUUUUCUUAAUCCGGACAGGAGUCGAAGCCCUGAAUUUCAUUUAUUUUGUUUGGUGGCUUUCAGUCCACCUCAAAUCUGGACCAAAUAGAGGCCUGUUUGGGACCUGAUUUACAAAAUCAAGUCAUUGAUUAAUUCCAUCAACAAUGUCUGGAUUUUUCCAAAAGGCCCGUGUGCAACCAGACCUUAGCGAAUAAUCCUGCUAUGUAGUGUAACACAGAAAUUUAUAAAAACUGUGAUAUUUUUUUACAAUACUAGUUGCAUUCACGUGGCAUAGCCUUAAAACUGGCUCUGGUACAUAUCGCCUCCAGUGACCUUGAAGGUGAUGCCCUGCAUCUUGAAAUCAAGAGAAAUCGCAAUGUAUUUUUCCUGGUAAAAUAUUUUAUAAAUACAUUUUACUGGAGAGAAUUCCAUAAUCAGUAGUGUAUGUGCAUGUAUAGGCAACUAUAGGUGCUGCUCUGGACAUGAUAAUAAAAGUAAGCCAAUCCUUGCAGGUUCCUCAGAGACCUUUUACUUAAUGGGGAGCUUUGUGAAUCGAAUGUAGCUGCUUCCGUCUAUGUUGUAUUUGAUCUUACAAGCUUUAAAAUCACUUGUGCGCUAAUGUCAUAGGGACCAUGUGACUAUGCAUUUAUGUUAACCAGUAGAGUCUACUACUUACUAAAUACAAACUUCACUAAAAUUUGUGGGGGUUUUCUACCCAUGGCAGAAAUCAUAAGAAAAUCCAGGACUUCAUGGCAACAUCUGGAUUUUUUUGUCGUGAUCCACUACUCAGACGAUCUUUAGAAAGAACAAGAGAGCCUGUGCUAUGCGUAUAUGAGCUAGAGAAGCUUUUGUACACUGGAAAGGCAGGAUGGAGUCAUGUAGAUGAAGUAUGGCCAAGACUGUAUCUGGGAGGACAGUAAGUUGUUUCCAUCUUGAUAUAUAAUCUACCUUCGUUCAAUGUUCAUGACUUGUGGUUAAAAGGUCUACACAUCAGACAGACAUAAAAACUCUCAAAAUAAUUAAACUUCCUGGUGAUAUGGUUUAAAUUAAAAACUCAAGGGAAUAUUCAACAAAAAAAAACCACAUGAACCUUUAGACAGGUAUUUUUUUCAGGAAACGGGUGAUACUAUGAAAGCAUGACUUAUAAGUAAAUGUACAAUGCAUCCACCACAUUUGUUUUUUAAAUGUUUAUAAUUCCAAUGCGCAUUCAUUCAAACUGUACACCCUGUUCCAAAUUAUUAUGCAAAUUCUAUUUAAGUGUCACAAAGAUUAAAUAUUUUGUUUUUCAGUUUAACUCAUGGAUGGCAUUGUGUCUCAGGGCUCUUUUGAUCACUGAAAACAAUCUCGGAUACUUGUGAUAAUAAUGUUGCCAGGUGAGCCCAAUUUAAGGAAAAACUACUAAAGGAGGGUGUUCCACAUUAUUAAGCAGAGCACCAUUUUCAUGCAAUAUGGGGAAGAAAAAGGAUCUUUCUGCUGCUGAAAAGAGUGAAAUAGUUCAAUGCCUUGGACGAGGUAUGAAAACAUUAGAUAUUUCACGAAAACUUAACAACAAAUUCAAGCAGAAACUGUCCAAAAACUCACAAGUUCAAUGGAUGCAAGGCUUGUGAAGCUGAUAUCAAAUAAGGGGUCCUAUGUUAAAAUGUAAUGUGACCUGUUAAAAUGUUUAAAAAGUUAAAAUGUUGUCAUAAGUUUGAUUGAAAUAGCUUUUGAUUUCAGUAAAUAUGCUGCAAACACAACAAAUGACAAUUUUCAGUUCUUUACAACCUAUAAAGUGUUUUGAAACUUACUGUGCGUAAUAAUUUGGAACAGUGCAUUGUAAGUUUUUUAUGUUUAAAAAAAAACCUGUUAUCAUUAGGAGGUUUGUUCAAUAAAAUUUGAAUUGUACUCUUAAUAGUUGGUAACAUGAUAAUAAUCAUCAUAAUUAUGCUGACUGUUAUUUACAUAAAUUAUAAAAAUAUAAUUUGCAUAAUAAUUUGGAACAGGGUGUAUAUAACAGGUAAUACACAGUGGCAGAUAUUUCCAUAUGACAAUAUUUUGAGUGUUUUCCAUUAAUGUCCAUAUAUACUGCGCAUCGGAUCAUUUUAUGUCAUUAACUUGGGGGGCAGGGUGGAGAGAACAUGCAUGUCCUUGUUGAUUUGGUCUUUGGUGUCAACUAUAUUUUGUAUAUAUAUUGGCAAAGGAGUGAACAUGACCACAAUGUCGGAGCCGUUCAUGCAACUAGGGAGAUCGUGGGUGUUUCUUAGAUAUUCUUUGUUAGGCUAUCUGGAGUCUCCUUCGAGGAGAUUCUGUGGGUUAUAUGUAUCAAUGCAUUUCUGAGAUGUGCUCACCUGACGUGUUUGAGAGGUGUAAUUCCCAUAUCGACCAUGCUGCGGUUAUAAAUGGUUUUGGAGGCAAGUUUCUUCUUGCCAUAAUUACAUAAUUUUUGGUCAGCUAUAGUGCUUUAAUGCAUUGAGCUUGUUUCGGCACCUCCAAGUUUCGCCAAAGUCUACUAAUCGUUUGGAGGGCUGCUACAAUAAUGUGGUACAUGAGGUAUAUGUGUGCUUUGGCGAGAUCCAUUGGGAAUAGGUGUAAUAAAUAGGUUUCAGGACUGUGGGGGAGGCAUACUAUGUCUAUACGCUAUGUCUGACCAGUAUUGCGUUAGUUUCUGGCAGGACCAUUAAAUAUGCAGCAUUGAUCCCUUGUCAGUGAGGCAGCGCCAGCACACAUCUGGCACAGUCGGGUUCCCCCGUUUCAGCUGCACUGGUGCCAUCUAUACAGUAGUUUACGUGUAAUCUCCAUAUGGGAGGAGCAUAUCUCUAUAUGGGAGGAGCAUAUCUCUCACCUCUGUUGUAGCCAGUGUUAUAUACAUUUCCAUGAGGGCUUACAAACACAAAGGUGGAGAUUGUUACUUUUUCUGUUAGUUCUCAUAUGGUUACAUUUGUAUCCUGUUUCGUUAAUGUGGCAUGCUUAAUUACCAAUUAUUAGCUAUUGAGCAUAUCACUUUUUUUUUUUCCCCCUAAACUGAAUUAAAGCAUAGAAUAUCCAUGAAGGUGUUUACAUGAGACUGAAGGUCUAGAGACUAAGGAUACCCUUGCCACAGACCUCUGGUAACCCUAGAGAGGUGGAUUUACUUGGUUAUAUUCCUAUUACUCAUCUCUCUGUAUAUACCCUUCAUUUUAUACAUUUUUUCCUCUGUGCUUUUUUCUCACCAUUUAGCAUAUCUCUCACUAUUCCUUUUACGUUUUAGUUUUUGCUUCUGGAAGACAAAACUAUUUUGCUAUAUUGCUAUAUUGCUGCCCGAGGCUCUCCCCGCCGGCCCAUGCAGGGCUGGUGCUAUUCAAGCACCAGCCCUGCUGAUUGCCAUCACGGACCGGAGGGGAGAUCAGUGAUCUCCCUCCCUGGCCCACACAGGUAGAUUGCUGGGGGGGCCGGCAGGGGAGGGCGAGAGAACCCGGGGGAGCUCUUACCUGCAGCUCCACCGGGUUCUCCUCUAGCAAGCACAGAGCGUUACCAAAGGGAUUUAGGUGUGAUUAUUUCUGAUAACUUAAAGGUAGACAGACAAUGUAAUAGAGCAGGAAAUGCUAGCAGAAUGCUUGGUUGUAUAGGGAGAGGUAUUAGCAGUAGAAAGAGGGAAGUGCACAUGCCAUUGUACAGAACACUGGUGAGACCUCACUUGGAGUAUUGUACACAGUACUGGAGACCGUAUCUUCAGAAGGAUAUUGAUACCUUAGAGGGUUCAGAGAAGGGCUACUAAACUGGUUCAUGGAUUGCGGGAUAAAACUUACCAGGAAAGGUUAAAGGAUCUUAACAUGUAUAACUUGGAGGAAAGACGAGACAGGGGGGAUAUGAUAGAAACAUUUAAAUAUAUAAAGGGAAUCAAUACAGUAAAGGAGGAGACUAUAUUUAAAAGAAGAAAAACUACCACAACAAGAGGACAUAGUCUUAAAUUAGAGGGACAAAGGUUUAAAAAUAAUAUCAGGAAGUAUUACUUUACUGAGAGGUAGUGGAUGCAUGGAAUAGCCUUCCAGCUGAAGUGGUAGAGGUUAACACAGUAAAGGAGUUUAAGCAUGCGUGGGAUAGGCAUAAGGCUAUCCUAACAAUAAGAUAAGGCUAGGGACUAAUGAAAGUAUUUAGAAAAUUGGGCAGACUAGAUGGGCCGAAUGGUUCUUAUCUGCCAUCACAUUCUAUGUUUCUAUCUAUGUUUCUAUGAACUCUAGCCUGAGCUGCAGGUUAGAGUUCACUCCCCUACUAGAACCACCAGGGACUGGAAGAGAAAGCAAUGUCUCCCCCUCCCUCAGCAAAGGUAAGAAGGGAGGGGGGACAUUAGCUAUAUUUAUUUAUUUAGUUAUUUAAUAAUAAUAAUAAAAACACACACAAAUUUACACACACAGCCCCCCUCACACACAGCCCCCCUCUUACACACACAGCCCCCUUACACACACACCCCCAAUACACACACCCCCCCCUCUUACACACACAGCCCCCCUCUUACAUACACAGCCCCCCUUACACAUAGCCCCAAAUACACACCGUCCCCAAUACACACAGCCCCAAUACAUCCUGCCCCCCAUACACACACAUAGCACCCCUCACACAAAAACACACUGCGCCACUCACACACAAACACACGGCUCCCAAUACACACACUGCACCCUUUACACACAAACACACUGCUCCCGAUAUACAAAUUGCUACCCCAUACAUACACUGCACCCCUCUCACACACGCACUACCCCUCCAUACACAUACUGCGACCCUCACACACACUGCACCCCUCACACACAUACACACUACAACCCCUAUCCCAGCAGACCUGGGUAAUUUAUCAAACUUUUUUUUAUUUAGAAUUCUUUAUUUUUGCAUUGACAGACAUUACAGCUUGUAAACAUUAUUGGGGCUUGUGCAUAAGCCUAGCAUCAAGAGGUACAUUGGUAUUUCAGUGAUACUGGAAAAAGAUAAUCGUUUGGUUAGGUAUACAUUUGUUGUGCGGAAGCCCCUACUGCGUUGUUGACUGAAGCUGCAGUCCAUCAGUGUUUUUCCAUUUUCGUAAACACAAUCAACUUCAAAACCUGGAAACACCCUAUUUGGUGUUUUCCUUAAGGUAACUCGAACUUCUAAAACUUUGUGUCAUAACCUGUUAUUCUAUUCGUCUCGUAGUUGUUAUUCUCCUUCCCCACCCCACCCCCCCGAUCUCCCCCCACCCCCAGAUUAUGAGCACCUGAGUGGAGCAUUACUUUUCUUGCGUGAGCCGUGUUUGUGAUGACUAUUCGUUAUCUGAUCGUUUACACUUUGCCCUGUCCGAUGUUGGGCCCUUGGACCCUCCGCUGUGCCUCCUUCCCACAAUACAUCUACCCAUUAUCGUGACUGUAAGUCCCCUUUGUGAAGAGCGUGUUAGAUACCUAGUAUUUUGCUCUUAUGAGCCCCCCUGGUCUCAGAUUGUUAUAAGACUUUGGGCUUGUGUGUUUUACGCUCCCUACCGUGCAACUGCUGUCAGCCAGCCCCCCCCCCCUUUUUAUUUUAUUUAUUUAUUUAUUUUCCGUGUAUAGUUGCCCUCUUCUGUGAGGAGAAGGUGAAGAGAGAGGAGGGUGGAUUUAGUUUAGGUAUCAGGGAAGGGCGGGGAGGCAGCAGGCCACCAAAGGGGGGGGGGGGACUCGCCGGGCGCGCCUGCUGCAUGUGUGUGUGGUGGUGGGUGCCACUUUGGUUGGCUCUAGUGUCUCAUGGUGUGCGCGCCAUUCUUUCUUGAUAUUCCUCCCACGGUUGCCACACCUUUGAGAAAGUGCCCAUGGUGUUCCGUACCUGCGCUGUCAAUUUGUCCAUGGUGAAAUUGUCCUGUAUUUUAUGGAUGACUUUGCUCAUAGUGGGGAUGUUGGGGCUUAGCCAUUGUUGGGUCAGUGCUCUUCUGGCUGCUAAGGUCAGUUUGUUAACUAGUUUCUGUUCUUUUGUCGUCAGGUCAGCUUGUGGUUUGGCUAGUAAAAAUAUCCAUGGGUCUCUGUGUAUUGGUCUCUCCAGGACUGCUGUCAUUAAUGUCUCUAUUUCCGACCAGAAUCUCUCUACCUUGGGACAUGUCCACCACAUGUGGAUGUAUGAUCCUCUCUCACCGCAGCCUCUCCAGCAAGUAUCUGUGGUGGUUUUCCCCAUUCUAUAUAGUUUGGCCGGGGUGGCGUACCACCUCAGGAGGGUUUUAUAUGCCUGUUCCUGAAGUGUUACGCAUAUGGAGACUUUGGCUGUCGCUUCCCAUAUAUCCCUCCAGUCCUCCCCUUCCAGUGUUUGGUGUAGAUCUUUCUCCCAUUGGGUGAUAUAGGUGAGGGGUUCUGCGUUCCUCUCCGGGGCACUAAGUUGUGCGUAAAGCCCGGUAAUCAGUCCCUUGCGUGUGUUUUCUGUUAUGCAUAAUCUUUCAAAGCUAGUCAUUGGAGCCUUAGCUACUUCUCUUACUCUAGGAUGGUUAGCGAAGUCCCUUAGUUGUAUAUAUCUGAAAAAGUCUCUAGUCUGUAGUGGCGCUGCCUGUCUUAGUUCGUCAAAGGUUUUGAAUGUGUCUCUGUCGUAUAGGUGAUAGUAUCUCUGCAGGCCUGCAUAUUCCAGACCUUUGAAGUUCCUCGCCCGCAUACCUGGUGUGAAUGCCCUAUUUCUCAAAUAUGGGGUGAGAGGUGAGGGCAUUCUCGUUAGAACAUAUUUUUGAGCGUUGGCGUCCCAUACUUUAAUGGAGUUGAGUAUAGCUGGGCAGUCUGUGAGUAAGGGUGGUCUGUCUGCUUUUGGUACCCAGAUCCAGUACUGGGGAAGGUCUCUUCCCAUCACUAAGGAUUCAAGGUCUGCCCAUCUGCGUCUAUCUGUGCCACUCUAUUAUUUGGGCUAGCUGUGCCGACAGGUAAUACAGGUGAAGAUUGGGAAGUCCCAGUCUCCCUAGUCCCUUUGGUCGGUAGAGUAUGUGUCGGGCUAUCCUAUGUCUUUUGUGUGCCCAUACAAAUUGGUCUAUGUUGGUUUGUAGGGAUUGGAGGUCCCCUUUCGUGACUUUUGUGGUCUUUUGUUAUUGUUUUAAUCAUUGGUGUGUAGUUUUCCGUAUACAGUCGUGAGACCUCUUUUGUUAGUUUGACCCCCAAGUAUUUUAUAUGAUGGUGGUUUAGCUUUAUAUGUGUGUCCUCCCUAUCAGCACCGUGUCUUCCGCCGUCAACCCCAGUGGCAUGGCUUCUGUUUUUUCCAUGUUUAUUUUAUAGCCUGCUACCUGGGCGAACUCCUCUAGCAGCUGGACUAGACUCGGGAGGGAGUUCUCCAGGUCCGUGAGAGUGAGCAGGAUGUCAUCUGCGUACGCAGAUACUUUAUACUGCUCUGUUGCUAUUGUCAGUCCCUUUAUGUUUGGGUGUUCCCUAAUCUUGUAGAGGAGGGGUUCUAGGGCUAGUAUGAAGAGGAGUGGUGAGAGAGGGCAGCCCUGCCUUGUGCCGUUACUUAGCUGAAAUGGUUUUGGGAUCGCUCCUGGUAUGGCUAUUUGGGCCUGUGGAUUCGUGUACAGUGAUUUGACCGCUGUGAUGUAGUUUUCUGGUAGGCCUAUGUGACGCAAUAGGGCGAACAAGUAGCACCAUUGGAUCCUGUCGAAGGCCUUCUCCGCGUCCAGCGAUAGGACGAGAGAAGGCGUCCGAGUUUUACCGGCCCACCAGAUCAGGUCUACUGCACGUCUAGUGUUCUCAUACAGUUGCCUAGCUGGCACAAAGCCCACCUGGUCCGCGUGGACCAGCCUGGGCAGGAUGUGACCCAGCCUGGUGGCCAGGAUCUUGGCGUAGAUUUUGGAGUCUACAUUAAUCAGGGAGAUGGGGCGGUAACUGUUCACCUUCGUUUCAUCUCGUCCCGGUUUCUGGAUAAGAACCACAUUCGCCGUGGCAAGCUCUGCGUUGGGACGUCCCCCCUCCAUCCAUUCCUGAUACGUUGUUGUCAUGUGAGGUGCUAAUUCUGUUCGCAGUGCUUUAUAGUAGGCCCCGUCAAACCCGUCUGGUCCCGGUGUCUUAUUGCCCUCUAUCAAUCCUAUGGCCCUGUCUACUUCUUCUGUCGUAAUUAGUGACUCUAGGUCUAUUAGGUCUUCCCUAUUUGGCUUGGGUAGGUUUAUGCUGUUCCCUGUUGGUUUCAUCUUACAUGAUUUAAUAGUUGCCGUAGGAAAUUGGUGAAUUCCUCGGCUAUGUCCUGUGGGGAAGUGAGGGAUUGGCCCCUUUCGUUGGUGAUGGAUGUGAUGUGUUUGUGUUUUUGUUUGGGUCUGAGGGCUCUAGCUAAUAAUGUAUCCAUUUUAUUGGACUUUUCAUAAAAAAGUCUUCUCGAUCGGGUGAUAUCUCUGCUUACCUCAUCCAAGAGGAGAUUCUUCAGCGCAUGUCUGAUGUUUUGUAUGUCGUCUAGUGUGGGCUGUGUCGGAUUCUGUUUGUGUUGCAUUUCCGCUUUGCGGAGGGCCUUCUGUAGUUCGGUUAGUUUUUCCAUUUUUUGUUUUUUAUUACGUGUCGCUAUUUUUAUUAGGGUUCCCCGCAGGACCGCUUUGUGGGCCGCCCACGUCAUAGUGGGGGAUAUUCCUACUGUGGUGUUUAAUUCAAAGUACUUGUUUACUUCUGUCUUAAGUAGCGCUAGGGUGUCUUGGUCUCUAAGGAGGGAGUUAAGCCUCCAUCUCCAGCGGGCCCGAGGCCCCGGUGUGUGUAGGGUCAGGGCAAUGUCAUCAUAUUUAUGGCGGACGACUUGACCCAUCUCAUGCCUUGUUGAUUCGUAAGGAAUACGUCUAUUCGGGAGUAAGUGGAGUGUACUGCUGAAUAGUGGGUAUAGUCUAGUGUGCCUGGGUGUUGCAACCGCCAGGGGUCCAGAAGCCCAGUGUUUUGUAGAAAUUUGUUUAGUAAGCGAUCCUGUCCUCCUCUACCCUGUGAUCUGGGUUGACCCGGUUUGCCCCUGCGGUCGACCGCGGGACACGGCGCUGCGUUCAGGUCGCCCCCUAGGAUCAGUAUACCCACGUCAAUGAGUUUAUGAGCUUUUCUAGGGUUGUCAGGGAUGUUAGGGGCAUAUACGUUUAUGAGGUGGUAUUUGGCGGCGUUGAUCAGUCCCGUGAGUAUUAUAAACCGUCCAUCCGUGUCUCUGUGUAUGGACUGUAUUACCAGUGGGCAUCGUUUGUGGAUGACUAUUUCUUCUUCCUUUGUCUUACGGAGCGAGCGGGCCGCGUAUGCUUUCGUAUAUAUGUGGUCUAUGAUUUGAAGCUUUGAGGUCUUAGGGAGGUGGGUUUCCUGUAUGAAUGCUAUGUCUGCCUUCUGUCUGUGUAGUUCCCUGAGUAAAAGUCUGCGUUUGUUUGGCACAUUAAGGCCGUUUACAUUGAGUGAUGUAAUUUUAAGUUCCAUGUGAUAAUGCGUGUGGUGUGCUAGUGUACCUUGAGCAUCUUUGCCUUGUUGGUGCAUAGUCCGGAGUGUCCGCCUUGUUGUUGCGCGCCGCCCGGCGGUCCCCCCCGGGGUGGUUGCCGAAUGUGCCUUGUCUCAGCGGAAUCGUGGGCAGGGGCGGGAAAGGAAAGAAAACAGGUCAUGAAAACACAUAUUGAUAUCCUAAUAACAUAACCCAUAAAACAGUUAUCCCAACUUAGUGGAGGAUGACCCUCCGUGAUCCUUAUACCUGUCGAAUCUGAUAUCCCGGUCUUAUCUCUCGCCAGGUCGAUCGGGGGUGGCCACCCGCCGCGUCAAGAAGUGUCUCAAACGGGGCGGGUGUACAGCCCCAGAGCACCCCCGCGAGGCUCUAUGCUUGUGUCUAACUUGUCGUGGGUGUUUACGACAUAGGGUGUGACGAUCACCGGCUCCUGUGAGUCUGUCUGCUGAUCUGUAUAGGUAUGUCCUGAGGGAGGGGGUGUGAAUGACCCUUCGCCUGUCCUGCGGUUUUCCUCCGUGUCUUAGGUAUCUGAUCUGCUCCCUCUCCCUGGGCCCCUUCGUUUUUUUAUUUUUUUUUCCUUACUUGCUUCCCAUCACUUUGUGCCACUUUGUGCUGGUUGCGCAGUGCUGGUUGCGCAGUUGUGUCCACUUAAACCUUUCCCCGGUGGGGGGGGGGGGUGGAUGUAUGUGUGUGGGUGCUUGCCCUCCCCCGCCUGUCACGUCCAACUUGCCUCUAAAGCCCUUGCCUGGUUUCUGGGCCAUCACCUGGCGGGAAACAGCUGGGUCAUGCCCGACUUGAGAGUCUACAAAGAUAGGGAGCCCUCUGCCAUCAGUUCUAUGGCCGAUGGUUUGGUCUGGUCUAUGCCUUUCGCCUUUUAAUCAGACACCUCCCGGAGUAUAUGUGGGAUGGCUUGUUGUUAACCCCAAAAGGGUUGUUAAUUAUACCAUCCCCCUAAAGUUAGCGAGUUUUCCUGCUUGCUUUUUUUUUUUUUUUUAUUAUAUAUGGAGUGGCUAUACUCGUACCCUUCUCCAUUCGGGUAAUCUCCCCCUCCCUCCCCUCCCUGUCUUUCGUCAGACCCCAUGUCCCCUCUAUCCCCUACCACAUUUAAAUUUUAACUAUGUCCACAGUGUCCCUUCAAUGUGAUGCAUCUUAUAUAUAUCAACUUGCGUGUUGUAUUGUCCAUUUUGCAUGUCCCUCUGGUGCAGGUCGCCGUUUUUGUUGCCUAUCUCGCUCUGCGUUCCAGCCAUUCCCUGGGGAGCAGGCCUAGCACCCCGGCCCCCUCGGUGGUAAGGCCAGGUCUCCUGGUACCUCAAUACCCAGUUCCUGGAGGACGCCUCUGGGGUCCAUGGAUGGUGUCAGCACUGUCGGUCUUGGGCCAUUAAAGAUGAGCAUCUUAAAGGGGAAGCCCCAUGCGAAGCGCAGACCUUUGGCUCUGAGGAGGUCAGCGAUGGGUUUCCAUUCUCUUCUUCUUGCGAGGGUAGUUGGAGCGAUGUCUUGGUAGAUCUGUACUGCCGUUCCUUUAUACAUGUAUUGCUGGAGCCUGCUUUGCUUGAGAAUUGCUUCUUUCGUGGAAAAAAAGUGCCACCUGAUGAUGACAUCUCUGGGAGGCCUGUUUUGCGGUCCAUUAGCUUGCAGUGCCCUGUGUAUUCUGUCGAUGUGCCACAGCUGAUCUGGUAUCUGCAGUAGGCUGGCGCGGAAAAUCUCACGGAAGGUCUCCAUCCCCGACCUCCUCUGGUAGGCCUCUUAUGCGCAUGUUGUUGCGCUGUGUUCUAUUAGAGUUGUCUUCCAGCUCCAUUUCCAGUUCAGCUACCCUGGUGAGUAGUGCGUUUGUGGUUGUGGUAUUAUCAUUGUGUGCUGCUACCACAUCUUCUAGCCUGCUCUCUAAGGCCUCUGUACGAAUGCUAUGGCCUGGAUUUCUGCCUUCACCUCCCUAGCUGAUCUGUCUAUCUCCCCUGCCAGGUACCCCUUUACCUCCUCCAGAGAGUGGAGUAUAGCGUUCUGGGGGUCCUCCGUGUGCCCAAAUAGGGAGGAUGUCGGCGUGGCCGGUGAUCCAGGAGUGGAGGUGCCCGUCGGGCUUUCCGCGCCAUGUGCACCACGUGGCGUGGGCUUAAUGGCGGCCAGCAUGUCCGCGACAGAGGGAUUGCCGCCUCGCUGUUUCUUCGCCGCCGCCUUCCUUUGUGACAUGUUGCUCGGGGGGCACUGCGGUUUUGCCGAUACCGGUGUUGUGCGUAGGGGUGAUUUUAACAGAUAAGUGUGGGUUGCCGGGCGGGUAACUGAGCCUCUGGUGCGGAGCUCCGAAGUUAGUCUGCCAUCACUCUCGGAGUCCAAGCCACACCCCCCCUAUCAAAUGUUUUUUUAAACGGUUUGACUACUUACUCUGGGAGGGCACCACAGCAACUCCUGGCACCAAAACCACUACAGAGAGCUGUAGUGGUUAUUGUGCCUGGAUUGUUAAUUAAAAUAAUCUGCCAGUGCCCCUCCCGAGAUUAGCUUCUGGAUCCGCCACUGCUGGAAGAUCACACUAGGCUCUGUCGUAACCAGUGCUGCAUAUACUUCCAUGACGGCUUAAACACAUAAGGGGGGAGAUUGCUACCUCUUCAGUUAGUUCUCGUACUGCCAAUCCAUACCCGUUUGGAAUUAGUGUGGUAUAGCUUUAUUAUUGACUAUUAUUGAGCAUCUCACUCAGUUCUGUUCCCCUCCUAUCAGGCUACACUGUUUAAUUUGUCCUAGUACUUUUUAGAGUUAAUACAUUUUUUUGUUAUUUAUUAUUAUUUUCUCCUUUAGGAUCUUAUUGGAGUGGAUUGGAAAUUUAACCUUGUGGUCACUUUCUAUUUAAGUGACACCUUUGGUUCUCUACUAUUUAUUGUAUUUCCUCGGGUUAUCCCCUAUUUUUCCAGUCUAGGUGACCUUUUUUUGUGGGUUAGGUACGGGACGAGGGUGUUACACUAAACCCCUAUCCUUGACCGCUCCCCUUCUUUUUUUUUGUUUAUUUUCUAUUUUCCUUUCUUUUUUUUCUAUAGGUGUGUACCUUUCUGUGUCGCUCUAUCUUCCCUUUAUUCUUAGUGUAUAUUUAAUGUGCAUUUUGUGUCAUUUCAUUCUUAAUCAUUGUGGACCUUUAUAUGAGGAUAAUUAUACUUCACUUCGUACAUUGCUUAACUUAUUUCCUGUGUACUUAAUCAAUGUCCUAAUAUAUUUAGACUUUUUCCAUAUUUUUUACUUAUAUUUCUUUACUUAAAAGUUCCUACUUUUACUUGCUUAUCUUUUCUCAUUCUCCCCCUGUGCUUCUAAACUCAAAAAAAAAGAGAACGCCCGCCAAAAAAAAAAUUAUUUCAUAUAUUCUUCUCUUUCUUCUCCCAUACUUGAGGAGUUAAGUUUCACUAGUGCCAAUUUUUCUUCCCUUCCUCUCUUUUUUAUCUUUUAUUUUCUUUAGUACGUUGGGGCCUCUCUGUUUAUUAACUGUUGAUUGGAGCUGCUUUCAAUUUUGUUUGCAGUUAGCCAGCUUUUUAGAUCUUCUGCUCAGUAAAUAGGAGUGAUCUUUUCUUCAUGUGAUGUAAUAAUUUUCGUGGGGUACCCCCAUCGGUAAUUAAUAUUAUGUCUCAUAAUUAAUGUACCAUCAGAAAAGGUUUUCCUCUUUUGUCUGGUUGGCCAUGACAGGUCCUGGAAUAUUUUCAGGCUUUCGUAUUCUUCUGCGCGUAUGUUACCUCUUGUAGCUCUCAAUAUUGGUGUAUUAAGUUUGGAAGAGGCGCAGCAUAUCAGUAUAUCUUUUGGAAGGUGGUCUGAGACACCUUUAGGUUUAUUCACUCUAUGGCAUCUCUCCAUCAUAGGAAUUCUGGCGUCCCAUUCCACAUCCAGGUGUUGUUAUUAUUUGUUCUGAUACUCCUCUGAUUCUUAAGUUGUUCCGUCUGUACCGUUCCUCCGAGUCUACGAACUUGUUCUCCGUGUCAGCCAUUUUCUUUUCUAGUGCCAGAUGUUCUUCUUUAUGGGCUUUUUCCUUGUAUUCCAUCCCGUUUAAUUUCUCUUCUAUCCCUUGUAUUCGUAGGUUAAGAGUCAGCAGUUCUGGGCGGUGCCUGGCAGCCAUCCUGUUCAGACGCCAUCUAAACCUGCUCUCCCGAACCCGGAGAUAAUCAGCAAAAAAUCCCCAAAGCAAAGCCCCAUCGCGCCUCGACAGGCACCCAGCACUGACCAGCGAUACGUACCGCACCAAUUGAUGCCUUUUUUCCAGGCACCCAAGCAGCUCAGGCAGAGGUGCAAAUCUGCGGCCUACCGCGCAACGCCAAUCCAGGGCCUAGAGGCCUACCUCGGCGGAAGCCUCCUAGAGCACUACACAUCCAACCCGGACACGGGUACCACUGCCAUGGGCUGCCAUUCACACAAAGCCACAGCUGGCCCCAACACGCAAGGCAGUGAUAUAGGGGAGAUGUGGCUUCGGCCUGCACAAUCAGAGCCAGCACACACCACGCAUCGAUCCCCCGCCGGCCCGGCACCCAAACCCGACCGAGGUGAGCCAGCCAUGGCAAUGGCUCCCCCGGCGAACCACCCGCUGAAACCUGAACACCAUAAAGACUCUGCCCCCACUACUAAAGGGGACCUAAAAGCCCUCCUGAUCAACAUAAAAAAAUUGCUGGUGGCAGACGUCGCAAUGGUUAAUGCUGACAUACAAAGUGUAACGGAAAGGGUUGGAACUGUGGAGGCAGACAUCACAAACGUCCAGGACAUAGUGUCCACCCUCAAGGACUCGGUCCAAUGACUCCAAGCAGUGCAGCAUGUACUAGCUGGUCAAAUUAUGUUCCUGGAGGACAAACAAUGUCAGACGCAUAUCAAAAUCAGGGGUAUCCCCACCGCGGUCACGACUGAGGAGCUGCCGCACUACACACGGUGGCUGCUCACAACAAUAUUACCCCAGGCAACCGCCAAGAAAAUAGCUCUGGACAGGAUCUACAGAGUGACGAGCUCCGUACACCUACCACCCAACACACCCAGAGAUGUUAUUCUGGUGACGGUAUCUGACAAGAUACAAAUAAUGACUGCCAUAAAAUGUAAAACACUGCUGGCUUUUGAGGGUGUCCAGCUCUCCUUCUUCCAGGACAUUGUAUUUAAUGUUUCCUUCACAUCUCCGCUUUUGUGCCCAGUUAUAUUUUUUCUUUCUUAUUCUAUUUCACAUUCACUUAUUCCUAUUUUAAUGGAGCCACAUUGCUGAGGCGAAAGACCUUUGGAUCCGUGACAACCGCGUUGCGCAAAGCAGGCAUAGCCUACAGAUGGGAGAAUAUGGGCGCACUGCUCGUCCAUCACAACGGGACUGCACACCACCUCGCAUCCCCAUCCAGAGCCCCCACCUUCCUAAGGGCAGUGGGACUAGAGCCCCCACAUCUCACCUCCAGGACCGCAAGCCAACUGGAGAGCUGGGACCCAGAGGACAGCACCACUCCUGAACAAUCAACACGCGACCCACAGACUCUAACCAUCUGACCCUGCACAAGGACUGAACCCAGAGACAAUAUGCAUGGCACGGUUACAGCUGCCAAAAGGAGGACCUAGACCUCAUAUGAUGAGGGGUAAUAAAUCCCCUGACCACUAACUUCCAUGUUUAUUUUUGAAUCGUACUAUUGCAACUCUCUCAUCCCAUGUUAAACUGCAUGCAAGUCUCUGUGUUCCUUUCCUUUUUGUUUUUUUUCUUCUCUUUUUCUUUUCUUUGGUAUCUCUUUUAUUUUUAAUGCAACCGCAGUCUAGGGGCCCCUACUCUCAAAAAAGCGGCAGACAGGCCCCCACGAUUGAUAAAACACUGACGCCCACUCUGGUUAAUGCCACUCCGCCCACCCCGCCACCCCCAGGGAUAGAUGAGAUGCCACACAAGGUACAAUGCACACCGGAGCACCCUGCACACAUGUUAUCCCAGCUAGCCUGGAACUAUUAAGAGCUCCACAGGCGAGUACACACAGGCAUCCAAACCCACACACUUGAACCAGCCUGUAACACAUGCUCCCACACACACUGACACAUCGUAGCCCGAACUAGGGAGCAUCCUUACACUCUCACACUUGGAGUAAACAAGGGGAACAACGAACAUGCCACCAUACCUGUUGCAACCUUGUCGACCCCUGGUAUGUCACCCAACUUGCUUGCUAUAUGAAAAUGUGCUUACAACUUUGAAACAUCUUUGUUAACGCUAUUUCAUUGUUCCGCUCGAAAUUAAGUCAUACCACUGUCUCCGUAUAAUUCUGUUAACGUGAUAAACCAAGCACACACAAAUAAAGAAUAAAAAAAAUUUUUUUUUAAAGAGUCAGCAGUUCUUUCUUAAUAUCCAGGGUAUUAAUCUGUAUUUCUUUUCUCAAUUUCCCAAAUUGUAUCUAGGUGUCUGAGUAGAUGGUCAUAUUCGUUUCUUCCUUCUCUUGACUCUUGAUUUUCCUCUGUUUGUGCUUUGUUAAUAUCUCCCUCUAUUUGAUACGAGAGAUUCCUCCAGGUUUGACUUAUUACCCGGGGGAUGUGGUGAAAAAAAGGAAAGGCGUUUUCCUGUUUUUUUUUCUUUUUUCAAAUGCUUGCCAUUUUGUAUCUUUUUAGUAGCCAUUUUGUUUCUUUGGUUGGUUUAAUCCCUCUCUAGAGAUUGUAAACUUUUUGGAAUAAUUAUAUCUUGUUUCUUAGGAUAUUCCUUUUGUAUUUAAUGUUUCCUUCACAUCUCCGCUUUUGUGCCCAGUUAUAUUUUUUCUUUCUUAUUCUAUUUCACAUUCACUUAUUCCUAUUUUAAUGGAGUAGUGAAUUUAAUGCAAAAAAGAAUAGGGAUUGAUAAGAGGGGGCUGGAAGGAACAGCAAUAGAGAAAAAUAAAUAAAUAAAUUAAACAAACAAAAGACACCACAGAAAGUAUUUACCCGACCCACUUAAGACUGUCAGGCAGUCAACACAGUGAGCAAAAUUAAAUGAACUUUAGCUCAUAUAUUGCUCCCUGAAUUCUGCUUUUUAUAAUGUCCUAUAUUUUCACCUCUUUCUCAAGCGCCCUUUAGUAAUCAAAUGACCAAAUAUUUAUGCUAUUAUAUUUGUACAAUCUCCUACAGACUAUGUGCAUACAUUUUUGUAACAUUGGGCACUUAGCUUUUGGAGAUGUACUCCAGAUCUGCUUUAUUGCAGCUUGCUGUUGUACUCCCUUGGUAACCUUAUCAGUGGAGAAGCUGGCUGUAGUACAUAGCUCUGUCCAGCAGAAAGGUGAGUAGCUCCCUACUUCUCAGCCCAGCAUCUGGUCCUUUUUGACCGUUAUGUGGGGAUCCAUGGAGCACCCCAGGUAAUACACCAGGUAGAUUGAGCCAUCCCUCUGCUCUUGGUCGGCUCCCUGGAUCGCCCCCUCAGCCGCCUUCCACAAGGACGCAGGCAACGUACGCUACGUCAUCGCUCCACCCCCGACAUUGUAAACUAACAAGUCUUAAUGAAAUAUAUAUGCUAUUCUCCGAGCAGAAGGAUAGGCAAGACAUGGUGAGUGUAAAAGAGUAAGCUUAUGCUACAUUAGUAUGACACAAGAGUUGUGAUACAACUGGGAUGUUAUUAGAGUAUGCAAGUUACAGGAGAUAAAGGGAAUAGGCGAUAGGAGAUGAAAUAAAGGAACACUGCAACAUUAAAAAUAAAUUUUUAACAUUGGAAUGUUUUGGGCUUUUGUUUCUUUUGUGGAGAAGCGGGGUUAAGAUUAAGGGCCCCCAAUUUUUUAAUAAAUAAAUAUUUUGAGAGAGGAAACUGUUUUCAUGACACAGUUGUGCUUCACCCCUGUCAGAUCAUUAAUGCUGAUGAUCUCAAGGUCAAUCCAAUGCUUCUCUUUGAGAAACAUUGUGGAUAUAGGGCACACAUUAAUUCACUCAGCCACUAGAAUCUCAGCACUGAAUCUAAUUAUUAUCUAAAACAUCAGGUAGUUGCAGAUAAGAUAAUUUAUAAAAGUGCUGAUUGCUAUUGAAAUUGGAACUUUUGAAAAAUAAGAAAAAGGGGAAAGUCAGUUUACCCCUAAAGCUUUAGUGGACUGGAUUGUUCUAUUAAGAACAUCAACAGCAAAUAGUAGCCCACUGCUUGAUAGUGUAACUCCUGCUAAUUCUGGGCAGACCAGAAUGUAAGUCCUGGUACUAGCCUAAUUGGAAAAAACAAAAACAAAAAAAAAAAAAAGUAUAAAAAAAAAAGAAAAAUACAUGUCACAGUGAAGCAUUAGUAAUGCCAUCUUGGAGUUUUUGACACACACAUAAGGCACUCACCUUUCAAUCUUGAGGUUUAUAAUGAGGUUGUCUGAAGCCAGGGUUGGCUUUAUUUAUACAUGAGUUACUAUUAUGUUUCCUAGUAGAUGACAAGCUAAGAAAACUAAUGAGAUAUACCUACAGAAACAUCAAAGCACACAUUUCAGAGCCUCAUGCAAUAUUGCAUACAAUAUAAAGAGCAUAUAUAAAAAGAAAACUGACAGUAUAAUAUGCACAACGUAAACCAGCAUUUUUUUAAUUUAAGUGCCUCUCUUUCCAGGGAAAUUGCAGCCAACAAAGGUGAAUUGUUGAAAAAGUGCAUCACGCAUGUUCUAAAUGCCUCGCACAGUCGCUGGAGAGGGGGUGAAGAUUACAAAGGAAUGAAUAUUUCAUACAUGGGUAUAGAAGCACAGGAUUCACCAACUUUUGAUAUGAGUGUCUAUUUCUACCCUGCAGCAGAUUUUAUUAAUAAUGCCCUAAGAGAAAAGGGAGGUAAGUAGUGUGAUUGGAUCUAUCCUAAUUCCAGGCAAAAACACAAUGAAGAAAAAAAAAAAGGAAGAAAGAAUAUACAUUUGAGUUGCUUAGCUAUGAACACCAAAGUUUUAAAUCAAUAUCUCAUGUUUUAUCAAUUUGGGAACAUUGCAUCUUUUGGCCCACAGAUAAUUCACUUUCUUGUUUAUUAGAAUGAAAGGCAUAAGAGAAUAGGCAUUGUUAGCUAGCAGAUGGGUGGGCUAAGAUUUAGUCAGGCAAAAAGUUCAUGGUGGAAAAAAAAGAACUCCACAGACCCUGUCCUUGGGACAAAGGGCAGUAAAUUGAUUGGCUUAACUCACAGGUAUGUUUGUAACUUCCUUAAAUAAACAGAUUUGGGAAAAUUCGAAUCGUUUUAUUUGCAUUUUAAAACAAUAGUGUAUUCUAGCUUGGGCUGUCAAGACCCACAUUGCCACAUUUGUUAAGACACAACUACAGCUUCAAUACAGUUUUCCCUGUAUUUACCUUUAAUUUUGUCACUGCAUGUGAUAGAAAAACAAUCAGGAAAUAUACCGUAAUUCCCUCUACCAGAAGAGAUGAAAUUGAAGUAUGAAUGCUCCAAAGACCAAAAUUCCAAACUCAUGUGUAACUUCACAGCAUAUAACGCCUUUCUUGACUGAGUCCAAAGGUUGCACUAAGAUGUCACCACCAAAUAGCAUAUCUAUGAAGCAUGUAAAGAGGCUUGGCAAAAUUAGGGCAUGACCCUAUAACCCUAUAGCCACCAAAACUGGGCAAAUAUAUACAUGGGGGGUGUUGCUGUACUCUGUGACAGUAGCAGAAUACAAAUCAGUAGUCUUUACAGUAGUGAGACAUACAUGGUCUGUGAAAUGAACUCUGAAGAUGACACAUUUGCAAAAGUCACAAAAGAUUAAAUAUACCCAGCAGUUUUGGCUGGUUGGCAAUGUAAUGGUUUGAUGAACACUGCCAAAAUGCUGAUAGUUUUAGUGCCCUGAUACGCUUACUUUCUACAACAUUAUAUUUUUGUAUAGCGAUUUUGGAUUCUGCAACUGCUAUUAACUUUAUUGCUAGCAUGCCUAAUUUGGGUAAGCAUUAGUUUUGAAACCACAAUUCACUGCUUGCCGUAUAGCUUUCAAAAAUAGAUAUAAAUCCUAGACACAAUGGGCAUUUUUAGAUUCGGGACUAAUAAGUGAAUCUAUUUUGAUUUGUUUUUCUUUAGUUGCGAUAGCUUUGUAGAAGUUAUGAGCAAAAUAUUUUAGAUUUUUUGAGUAUUGUGUUAAAUACCCGGGGCAGAUCCAGAACCUAAUCUCAGGAGGGGCACUGGGUGAUUAUUUAAAGAAACAAUCCAGGCACAAUAACCACUACAGCUCACUGUAGUGGUUAUGGUGCCAUGGUGCUCUCCCAGUAGUAGUAGGAAAUAGGGGCAGUAGUGUGUGUGUGAGGGGUGCAGUGUGUGUGUGUGUGUUUAUUUGGGUGCAGUGUGUGUGUAUUGGGGCAGUGAGUUUGUGAAUGUAUUGGGGGCAAUGUGUGUAUUGGGGGGGGCAGUGUGUGUGUAUUGAGGGCAGGGUAUGUGUGUAUGUGUGUGUAAUGAGGGCAGCCUGUGUGUGUGUUUGUGUGUGUGUGUGUAUUUAGGAAGGUUGUGUGUGUAUCGAGGGGCAGUGUGUGUGUGUGUUUGUCUAUAUUGGGGAGCAGUAUGUGUGUACGUGUGUGUGUGUGUGGUGCAGAGCAGCACCACCAACAGCAAGGAGAGAGGGGGAAAACAACCAGAAUGAUUUAUUACAGCAGUGUUGAACAAUGAAUCUGAGAAGGAAAAGACAACAGAUGAGGCUUAGGUACAAAAAGCCAAAAUAAUGUGUUGGGGACUUUUGACCUGCUAUGGAAAGCAAGUCUGUGCUUUCCAAAUAUGGGUAUGCAGGAGAGGUGUGUCUUAGAGCAAGUAUAACACCCAAUGAAAAGAAGAUUGAUGCUCUCAGCAGGAGACAAGAGUUACAGGAAUAAGUGAAAAUAUGAUAUUUUAAUACUAUUUAGGGAAAUCCUGUAACAUGAUUCAAGCCACAUGGUAGAAAACUGCAAACCUGUACCCAGCAUGACAGUUUCACAUUACAUAAACAUAUAGGAUAACAUAGGGGAUAUCUUUCCUUUAAAAAAAAACUCACAUGCCUCUAUAUUAUGUAUGGGCACACUUAACCCCUUCCCGACCACAGACAUACUGGGUACGUCGGACAAAAAACGUCCGUCAAUGACCGCGGAUGUACCCAGUAAAUCCGCAGCAAAAAUGACCCCUGGACUUACCUGGACUGGUGAUCCUGAUCAGGGGGAACUGCCGAGACCCCAGCAGUCCACUUGCAGCAGCUCCGGCCAUCGCAGCGUUCCAGGGCAAUGUGAUCACCAUGAUCACAUGGCCGCAAUAGGAGUCUAUGGAGCUGCCAGCAGGGGCACUGCCUGAACUGUCAAGCAGUCCCUCAGGCACCUAAAAAUUUGACAUAUAUAUAUAUGGAGAAACUACACCUUUUGUUUCAUUACCUUUGAUUUUCCUAGUUCGGUAGAUAAAACUACUGAACAUCGACCAACCCCCUGGCUCAUUAACUAAAAAAGCAGACUGCAUGUUAAGUGCUCUCUCUGUGUGGCCGCCGUUCGUAUAGAAGAAAACGCCAUGUGCAGGCGAAAACGGUGGCCAUUUUGUUUGCACGAAUGGAGGCAGCGGGAUUUGGUCAUUGAGUGUUUGGAACUAAAAUCGGACAUUCGACUUCGCGAGCGCCUGCUUCUGUUCAUCGACCAACCAGGAGAGCGCUAUUCAGUAGGUUUAUUCCCACAAACUAGGGUAACAAAUGAUACCUAUGGGCCAGGGGAACCGUUCGUGGAUUUGUUCAGUUUUUAGACUUUUCUAAAUAGACCGACCGCACAGCCUAAUUUAAUGGAGCUAUUUCUGGGCAGGAGCCUCGUGUGCGGUCGUCAAAUUAAGACUUCCAUGGAACUCCCAAACCCCUGAACCGAUCUGGGUGAUUUUUUAAUAUAUUGGUUCCCCAGAUCAGGGCUAUCAGGGGAUAUGUCUUUGUAUCAUGGGUCAUAGCUUACAAACAAAACACACAGAACUGGUAUCACAUAGGAUAAUAAAGAGAAGAGUGAAAUUACCCAUAAACAAAUUAAUUUAAUAUCAUCUAGAGGGUCAGAGAGCCUAUAAGAGUCUGUCCUGUUCUUGCUUUCAGCCUAAUUUGGCAGAAUUGUAACACAUUUUUCCAUAACUCCAGCCCUUUACCAGCCUCUAAUCUCUUCAAUAAAUUUAGAAUAAAACACACAUAGUUCCUCAUUAGAGAAAUCGUUGAUCAGGAGUAGGCCCUUUUCCAUCUCAAGUUGGUAUAAUAGUUGUGCUUUAACUUGACCUUUAUUUGGGAUCUCCAUAUUUUUCCAGAAUCUGGCAAUUAACAUUUUAGUUGCCAUUAAGCAAUGAACAAUCACCAAUUCUAGAUCACCAUGUAUUUCUAAGCCAAAGAGAUGGAGUAGGGCAAAUUCCGCUUUAUACUCAAAGCGUAUACCUCCAAUUCUAAAGAUAAGAUCAAAUGUAAUAUUCCAAAGGGGUUUAAUUCUGGGACAAGCCCACCAGAUAUGGAGUAAAGUCCCUUCUGGUUGGAAACCCCGCCAACAAUUAGGAGGGUUAGAAUUGGAUAUUUUAGCAAGUCUAACAGGGACCAUAUACCAUCUAAACAACAUUUUAGUGAAGGUCUCUAAAAUAUUGAGAUUAUGUAUGUAUUUCUUCGUCAUCAUGAAUGCUUUACACCAAUUAUUGUAUGGAAUAGAUGUAACUAGAUCUUCUUCCCAUUCAGUUAAAGCAUUGGGUAUGUCCGGGACCCCCGUGAGUUUUCAGAUCUAUCGCGAGAGAGAAAACCUUCACAGCUAGACCUGAAAAAAUCUUCCUAAAUAAAUUGCCCCUACCGCCACCUAGGGAAAUAAUAUGAUCUUUAAGGAAACUCUUAAGACGCAAAUACUUAAAUAUUUCUUUAGAGGAUAAGUCCAGCUCCCUCCUAAGAACUUCAAAACUUUUCAGUUGCUGUCCGAUAUAUAGAUCUUUUAUUCUGUAAUUACAAUUUUUAUACUAAUGCCCUAAACUUACCUCUAACAUAAACUGUUCUAAAGAGUAAGAUUCUCAUGGAGUUUUUUAUUGAUCUUCAAGAUAUUUUUUAUAUUUGUCCAUUCUUUGAAAGUUUGAGAUAGGGACAGAACAGACAAGACUGAGAUCUCAUGCAAAUCUUUAUUCUGGCUUACUUCUCUCCACAAAAGAAGCUUCAAAUUAUCCAAACCAAUUCUAGCUGACUCAAUUUUAUACCAGGCUUGUUUUCUUGAAUCACUUAAUUGUAAAUGGCAAGCAUGGACCAACAUAUUAGCCUGAUAGACUUGAGUAAUCAGGGGGUAUCCCAAUCCCCCCUGCUGGGUCUUCCUUGAUAGAGUGUAAGUGUUGAUUCUAGGACGUUUCCCUUUCCAGAUAUAAGAUGUAAUACUAUUUUGGACCAUGUUCAGCCAAAAGGGAGAAAUCGAAAGGGGAAGCAUGCUAAAUAGGUAAGCCCAUUUGGGGAUUAUAUAGGCUUUAAUAGUAUUUAUCCUUCCCUACCAGGAGAUCUCAUGGGCUCUCCAUUCUUUAAGUAAGGCAUUGGUGUCUUUUAAUAAUUUAAAAAAAUUAAUUUCCAUAGUCCACCUUGUAUCUGCGGGGAUAAUCAACCCCAGAUAUAAGAUCUCUUUAUUCGUCCAUUUGAAAUCAAAAUCGCUUUUUAAAAGAGCUAGAUUAUCUUUUUGAAUAUUGAUAGCCAUAGCUACUGUUUUAUUCAUAUUUAAACUAUAAUUAGAUAUCCUGCUAUAAUUAUCAAAUUCUUGCAUUAAAUAUGGGAGGGAGCUGAGGAGGUCAGUGAUAGAAAUUAAAAUAUCGUCAGCGUACAAACAUAUCUUCCAUUCAUCCUCCUGAACUCCCAUUCCCUUAAUCCCUGAAUUAUGUCUGAUAUUAUUGGCCAGCGGUUCUAUAGACAAGACAUAAAGUAAGGGGGAGAGGGGACAGUCCUGCCUUGUCCCAUUGGAAAUACCGAACCACUCUGAACAUAAAUCGCGGGCGGUGGGGUUUGAAUAUAUAGCACCCACUGCACCCAUAAACCAUCCUUCAAAACCAAACUGUAAUAGGGUUCUCUUCAAGAACUCCCAUCCAACCCUGUAGAAAGCUUUUUCUGCAUCCACCGACAGGGUCAGGAGAGGAGUUCCUUCUUGCCUAGCCCAAUCCAAUAUGUCCAGCACCCUACGAGUGUUAUUGGAAGAAUGACGCCCCAUCAUAAACCCUAUCUGAUCAUGAUGGAUCAAAGAUGGCAAUACCUUUUUCAGCCUUUCCGCCAGUAUUGCGGCAUAGAGUUUGACGUCUACCAAAGAGAUAGGACGGUAAUUGCUCACAUCAGAGGGCAUUUUUCCUUGUUUCAAAAUUGGAGUGAUUUAUGCCCUUAAUAGCUCAGAGGAGGCAGAUCCUUUGGACGCCAUUUCAUUAAAGGUGUCAGUUAGAAGCAGAAUGAAAGGUUUGUAUAGCCGUCCGGGCCUGGGGCUUUAUUAUUUACAAGUUUAUUAAUUGCUACAUCCACUUCACUCUGAGAAAUAAUUCUAUUUAACAUUGCCUUCUAGUCGUAAGAAAUUUCUGGUAACUUAGAGUUUUUCAAGUAAUUCUCCAUCUUAGCUAGAUCAGGAGAUGUAUUCAGGUUAUAUAGACUCGCAUAAAAGAUCUAAAUUUUCCAGCAAUUUCGUCUGGCUUGUAAAUAUAAUUACUUCCAUCUACCAAUUUAGAAAUCUUUUGAUCAGCCACUCUUUUCUUUAACUUAUUUGAUAAUAUAGAGUCAGCUUGAUUGUUCUUAUAAUAAUAUUUAAUAUUGAGCUUAUUGAUGUUGCUCUCUAUCCUAUUCUUAAUCUGGACAUUUUUUUUUUUUUUUUUUACAUUGCUUAAUAGAUAAAGCUCUCUGUUUGUAGUAAGAUUGUUUAUUGGCUUUAGAAAGAUUAUAAAAUUCUAUAUAUAGGUCGGACAGAGUGUUAUUUAGGUUCCUUUUCUGUUGGCUUGCUAAUUUGAUCCAAUAUCCUCUAAUGACUGCUUUGCAGGAACACCAAAGGCAUUCUUUGGAGAUCUCAUCAGAUGUACUUUCUUUAAUGAAGAAAUCGAUUAAGUUCUCUAUAUGAUCAAUAUUAGCUUUAUUUUUUAAUAAAUAAUCCACAAGUCUCCAUAUCGGAGGGGAUCUAGUAUUGGUCAUCACCAACUCAGCAGUUAUCAUAUCGUGAUCGGACCAAGUAUUUUCAACAAUAGAAAUUGAAGAGAUCGCCUUAACUAAGUCUAAAUUGCCCAGAAUCAUAUCUAUCCUAGCAGCCGAGCUAUGAGGGAUGGACCUAUGCGUAUAGUUCUUUUCAUUGGGAUGGCAAAGUCUCCAACAGUCAUAGAGCUCUGCUUUCUUUAUUAUCCUACUAAGUGACGCGGCCUGCCGUUUCAGGGAUUUAUCUAUCUGCUGGUUCUUAGACAGUUGCUUAUCCAAUAAAGUAUCACAAAUACAAUUAAAAUCACCUGCAACUAAAACUCUGCCUUUUUUUAACUUGCUCCACCAAACUCAAGAUUUUACUCAGAGUUUUAAUCGGGUUUUUAUUGGGUAAGUACACAUUAACUAGAGUAUAAUCCAACCCAUUUAGUUGCCCCACUAAAAUAAUAAACCUCCCUUCUGGGUCUGAAUGGUUAUAACGGAAUUCAAUGGAAACUUAAUUAGAAAAGAUUAUAGAAACCCCGCAUUUCCCCCCCCCCCGUAGGGUGGCAGAAUAAAUAAUUGGAUAUUUCUUAUAGAACCACAGUUUUUUUGACUCUCCCAUCCAGUGGGUUUCUUGAAUAAAUCCUAUUUGUAUUUUCUGAUUAACAAAGGUAUUAUACAAGUAGCCUCUUUUAAUGGGAGACUUUAAGGCCUUGGGCAUUAAUGGAUACCACUCUGACCAUAACUUAUUCUAUUUCAGCUGUUUCUAUCCUUUUUGGGCUCUUUGACCAAAUCCUCAUCAUGCAAAACCAGUUGAAGACAUACAACACCCAACAAAACAACAUAAAUACAUUCAUAUCUACAAGAUAACUUGGAAAAAAACAACAACAAAAUCUUCCAAGAACUGGGAGUCCUAGGGAAUCCCACAGGGAGGGGCAUGAGCUCACGGAGGGUCAUGUAAGAGAGCGGCAAAGGAAGUGGGAGGAAGUGGAAAAAAAAUCACCAUAUUAUAUUCGCUAUACCCAGUAUAUAUGUCCUUAAACCCUUAAACAAUAAGUAAUACCAAAAAAUGGUGUAAUACUUAGAAUAAAACAAAUACAAUUUGCAAACAGACUUUUGCACAUACUCCAAAGUACGCCUCAAUGUAUAUACCAUUGCAAUUUAGAACACUCAGAAAGUGUAAGUCUCAUUGUAUCACACAUAUUUCCCUUUCCCAUUAUUCUUAUUUUCUUCUGCCCACCUUUCCCUAAUCUCUUUUCCUCUCCUUAACCUUUCCUCUAACCAAACAAAGUAUGAUAAGUGAAGAAAAAAAAAACCUGCUUCAUAUUACAAAGUUAACAAUUAUCCACCCACAAAAAGAUAGGUUUUAUACUCCGAUCAUGCUAUAACUGUGGCAAAAAUGUAUCACCCGCCGAGCAGCUUUAAAGAGCAAUGGCUCCGAAAAAAAAUAAAAAAAAUGCCCAGUCUUUCAUUCCCUUCAUGUAGAUAAAUUGAGUGCCAUUAAAUUGGGUAAAAGUAACAUCCCCAGGAUGCACUUGGAAACCAGAAAACAUCUGAAUGUCUCUUUCCUGGUUCAACAUCUUGUUAUAAUUUUACCUAGUGCCUUUUAAUACAGCUGCUGGGUUCAUUUAUUGUGCCUUUUGAUAUGCAUUUGCCACUUUAUUCACUUUCUCUAGGCCUCUGUGAUUUAUAUAUCUGGUGUUUUCUCUUGUGCAUUCACUGCUAUCUGCCACUGUUACAUUAUUAUAUGCCUCUAUGUUUGGUUUUAGGCAUUCACUAACUUUAUUAUCCUAUUUCUAUGUCUCUGUACUUGGUAAUAGGCUUGUCGCAGUUCUGUUCCUCUAUCUCAGCCUUUUGACCUAUAAGUCCCUAAGUUUCCAUACUUACUUUUGGGUCCAUUCAGGUUUUUUCCUCUGCGUUUAAUCCCUGCGAAUAUGUAUAUGGCGUAUAUGUGUCUAUAUAUAUAUAUAUAAAUAUAUUCCAAAAAUGAUAAAGGUAGUCAGCACUCUAGGUCUUGUGAAAAAAAGGAAGAUAUUUUCUAUUGAAGAUCCCAAAAGAUCAACGUUUCAGUUCACUUAGGAACUUUCAUCAGGACAUAGUAUCACACAUUAACAAGAUCGUUAUAUAUAAGAGAAAACAAACUUACCAAAACCCAUCACCUGUGUGUGAACGUCCCUCCUCUCCUCCCUGCGUCUGCACGCCCUCUAAGACCUCUCCCUGUGACAUACACAAAGCUGAUGUGCCUAAAGAGAAGCCCCAUUCUGUUAAAACCAUUGUAUGAUUGGUUUUCAACAUCCUAGACACAUCUACAAUGUUGAUACACAUUGUGGCAUGCAGAGAAAAAACCCUGCCGUGCAGGAUCGGUAAUCGAUCGCCAAACAGUCUAAUAUACUGUUAGAUCGAAUAAAUGAGUGAGUAAAUCUAAACAGAUAAUAAAGUGCAUGGUGCUGAUGAUGGAUGAUGUAAAUCAUCUCAAAAUGAUCUGGUAUGUGAUCCUUAAUAUAGUGAAAAGAGAGUACUGACUACCUUUAUCAUUUUUGGUGUAUGUAGUGCAGUUGAACACCAGGUAAUAAGACUGGGAAGCUGGAGUGCUAAACCUACAAACUGUAUAUAAAUAUAUAUAUAUACAUAUAUAUAUAUAUUUGUGUACGGCACAUUUAGAGGACGUAUGACAUAAUAAGAAAGAAGCAAAGUGUAGUAAGAGCAAAGUCAGUUGAGGUGUGCCAAAACUGACGUGAGGUUAGACCUGUAAAAGAGGGCAAAAAUAUAAGAAGCAAUUCUUUAAGUCAGGUACAUUUAUUUAAGCAUAACAUUACUUAGAUAUUUCACGUAAAAUCUUAUUUCUUUUUCACGAUUGGGGAUGUAUCUGUUGUAUGCAAAUGAUUUCCACCGACCCAUAUUUUUAAUGAUAUAUGUUAGUAUGUGAUUUCCGGAGGCAGCUGUGGCUGGCCCGAGAAUGAAUGUGGGUUAUGUCCUAGCCGGAAGAAAUAACGUACAAAUGUAAAGUAUGAAUUGUUUGGUGGUUAGGGGUUUUCCUUGAAUGGCCAAUAGUGGGGAAUCAGGGUUGGAAGUGAGUUGGGAUUCCACUAGUUUAUCCAAAACGUGGAUUGGACACCAUUUGGGAGAGGUAGGAUAAUAUUUAAUCUCUACUGGUGGACCAGUUUGGCUCGUUUUGGUAUGGGAAAUUGACCAAAUGUAGUGGUCCUGGUUUUUAAUUAGGUGUUUUUGCUGAAGGCAUGACUUAAAGUCGGACGCCUUUUCCACAGAGAAUUCUUUAGGUCUUACGAAACCAUAGAAGGCUAUAAAAGCCGCGGACUUGAUCAUUAGGUUCGUGGUUUGUUCAAAAGGGGACUUGUCUAGUACAUCAGAGAUACUCCUAAACAGUGUACUGUCUAUGGGAAGUCUCUUAAUGGGAUUAUGUACUGUUAGUCUCUGAAUACCUUUAAGGACACUUUUAACUGGGUAGGAUGCUAGAAAUUGAGUUUUGUUGGGAUAACUGGUUAACAUGUAGUGUUGUAUGCCUGUUAAGUAAAGUUUGAUUGUAUUGUAAGCUAAUUUAAGAGAAAUGUGGCAAAAGUUGUAAAUGCAACCAUGGUUUCUAUGGAAAAAACAUUUAUUAUACAAUAAUCACAAACAAACUUUUUAAACAAAUCAUAUGCUCUUGAAUAUACUUUUUUGUAUUAAGAGAUAAGCCAGCCUGUGCGAGCGACCUACUAUGGAGUAACAGGGUAUUUACAGCAUGAUUAGGUCUGUAAAGCUCGGAGGUUGUCUGGGUUGUGCGUUUGCCGAUAGAUGUAUUCUGAAAAACUCCUGUAAAUUAGAGGGUGAGAGAGCGUCAGCUGAGUUCUGAACACCAGGCACAUGAAUGCUAUAGACACAGAAUUGUAGGUUUGCUGCUAGCUAGGUAAGUCUCUUUACCAAUUUCAAAGAGCGGCCUUUGUUGAUAAUAUCACAUGCCGCCACGUUAUCUGAGAAGCACCUGACCGACUGCCCACUCCAUUCCUUACCCCAUAUGUGUGCAGCAGCUACGAUUGGGAAGACUUCGAAUAGUGCUGAGGUGGUAUUGAAGUUCUCUAGUGUGGUAGUCUCUAGUGGCCAAGAGUCGUACACCCAUUCGUUACCAAAAAAUAGCUGCGUAGCCUAUGGCACCCGAUACGUCAGUCCAAACUACCAGGGAGUCGUCAGAAAUAGGGGGGACGAAUAGCGACCUGCCAUUCCAAGAAGAUGAAAGAAAUAGAUGCCACAUUUUAAGAUCUGCUCUAGCUGGUUCGUCUAAGAGGGUUGUGGAGUCGUCAUCAGGGAAACCGUGCAGAGGAUUCUGGAAAUGAAAGACCUGGCCUGUGGAAUUAUUCUCAUUGCAUAAUUGAGUGAACCGAGUAGUGACUGUAGUUGUUUCCUAGUGAAAGUGCCCUGUGACGUGCAGAUGUUGAUGUAAGAAAGAAUUCUGUCUACUUUCUCUUGGGGCAGGCUGGCUUGCAUAGAAACAGAAUUGAGUGUUAUCCCCAGGAAUGUAAUCUGUGUUGGGAACUUCUGUUUUGUCUGGGGCUACAGGGACUCCUAAAUCUUUGAACAGAGUGAGCAUGUGAUUUAGGCUGUGUGGUGUGCAGUGGUGUGGUUCGAUAGGGAGGAAGUCGUCCAAGUAAUGUAAUGUCUACUAGACAUUUGCAUUUGUUCAGUAGGAGACAGGUUAAAGUUUCGACGAAGAUAUUGAAUAUCUUGGGGCUACUUUUGGAACCGAAAGUUAGUCUGGUAGCGAAAUAAUACCUGUCUUCCCACUUAACUCCAUGCAGAUGCCAGAGUGACUGAUGAAUGGGUAGUAAUUUAAAUGCAUUAGUAAUGUCGGAUUUACUUAAACAGGCAGCCUUCCCAAAAUAAAUUAUGGCUUGUAUGGCGUCAUCAAUUCUUGCGUACUGAAGGGAGAAAUCUUCUGACGGGAUCAGUGCAUUUAAGCUAGGUGUAGUGGAAGAGUGAGGUGCAGAAAAAUCAAUAAUGAGUCUCUUUUUAUUAUUAAAUUUCCCUGUGGCGAUUCCUAGGGGGUUUGUCCUCCAGGAGGUGAAAGGUGGUGUUGUGAACGGUCCUAUCAUGAAACCGUUGGCGAUUUCUUUAAGUAGGAGUUCUUGUAUGCUACUGGGAUUUGUGAGUGCUGACUGUAGGUUGGGGCAUUCCGAAAUACCUGUGGUGAGUGUAACAAACCCUGUGUGAAACCCAUUAGUAAAACCAGAUGUGAGAAAUUCUACCAGAUGUAAAGAAGGAUGAUUAGACAGAUAGCGUUGCAAAUUACGAACGUUUAUUGGAGUAGAAGAUUUUUUAGGGUACAGCCUGUUUGGGCACAUUGUUUUAGCGUGCGCUCUGUAAUAAAGUAAGCACACGUGAAGAAGCCUGCAUGCACUAUAACUACAACCACCGGCGUUUAAAUUAUUGCAGACUUGUGCUCUGCCCAGAAAAACGAUUGGCCUGCCUAAUUUGUCUCUCAAUUCUCUCUGGGUUGUGUUGGAUUGAUAAUCAGCGUUGGUGUUUCUGGUAGAAGGAAUUGCUAAGUUUUCAGGACAAAAAUUUAUUGUAUGGGCUACUGGUGAGCAUAUGGCGCAGGAAGGUGUUUUGAAGCCUGCAAAAUGCCUUAGAAACAGUUCGGUGUCUAACUGACCCCAGUCGGUGUUUGUAUUGUAUUGGAACAGUGAUGCGGCAGAUCUGGAUGCAAAUGAUUUGUGGUAGUCGUAAAAGGCAUAUCCUCCAUACUUAUAUGCUAAGUCAAUGACUUUGUGUAGGUAUAGGCCAAGUUCUUCUCUAUGGAGGGGAAAAGCUAUACAGAUAACGUCUUUGUAUUGACUGAAUGCUAGGACAAAUUCAGGGAUGUUAAGUUUCCUAUUUAGUCUUGGAUUUCUAGACUUCAUGACUACUGACAGAUCAUCAAACGUAUGACCUGUUCUCGACUACGUCUUGAGAAGCUAUCAGUAGUGAAGCCAGAUUUAUGUCUUUCCCCUCUAUUAUGUCAUGUUGGUAGUUUUAGCGGGUAAAGGGUUAUUGUUACCUCCUGGGUUAGGUUCAGGCUGGGCUAUAGGUACUGGAAACUCCGGAAUGGUUGGAGUAUCAUUGGACUCCAGAUUAUCCAACCUAUUAUUAAUAGUAGCUACAGAAGACACUAGAGAAGCCAUCAUAACGUGCAGUUCUGCCAAUCUGUUUUGCACAUUAAACUCUGAACUAGGGCCAGGCCUUUCGUUGUCCUUGGUAGUGUUUAACAAAUAAAAGAGUUCAGCUUUCCUGGCUGUAGCUGGGAAUGGGAUAUUCCUCUUUUUGAGUUCCGAGGUGAUUUUGGGGAUUGUCCAAGAUCUAUAGCUGGAAGCUGGGCUUGCCUGUAUGGGUUGCCUUCUCUGCGAGCCUGAUCUGGUCAGGGUGCUGGUAACCGACAGGUCAUCUCCUUGUAUGGAAGGGUUAGACAUGCUAAGGGUGUGAGGAAGAUAGCUUGGCUAGUAUUGUAGUAUAUAGAUCUGCAGUAACCCAGAUUACUAGAUUAGUGCCCUAAGGCGAAAUUGUAUUAACUUACUAUCUUAGGUGACAGGUGAAGCCCUGACUACUUGCUAAGUGGCUUUGAGAGGCUCUACCUAUGAUGUGGCUUGUGUGGCCUUUGUGCCACUGAGGUGGGUCGCGGGGUGUUGGCCUCUCGGUGACACAUAAAAGAUUGUAAUAUCGAUUGGCUGUGACGAGUGAGGCCCUAACUAUGAUUUGAUGCAAGGCUAUAACUAUGCGUUGGGCCGAUUGGGCUCGAACCUCUGAUGCAAGCAAUGAUUGUAGGCCUUGCAGGACCACUUGACUAUAGGCGAAGAGGCCUAUGGGAAUAUACCUAAUUGGCAAGAGCUUUAUUAACCCAUAACAAAUAACCUAACUGGGUUUAUUAUUUAACCUACCUGCUAUUUGUCCUGUAUAAUGUAUUCGGUAGUGGAAAGAAUGAUCCCUACUUGAUCCUAAAACAUGUCAUAAUAAUUAAGUUACCAUCUAACCCCCAGGUGAAGACCAUUGAUAUUGCACCUUUAAGCAUUAGAGCAGAUACUAACCGUAUAUCUUGACUUAUGUUAGGAAGAUUUGGCUUGUCCUGGUAGGGCGAUAACUUGAACUAAUGUGGGAAAAACAUGUCUUAUUUAUUUAUGGUACUUGUUUAUCAGAAAGAAAUACAUAAAAUUAUAAGUUGGUAGGUAAUUUAGAGGCCUACCUCUUUAAAUAAUGUGGUUGUAUUUAACCAAGAAGGCACUGUUGCAAGCAAUGUCAGUAAUUCUAUGAUCUUUAAACAGGAGGAAAAAUAAACAUGCUUAAUUGUUGUUUAAUUUCUAUACUGUAUAGCAUUAGCUAUGGCUUUAAGAAAAAGUACUUUAGUGAAUGUAUGAACUUAACUGCCAUUAAUUUACAUUCUGUUUAAGGAUAUUGCGCCGUUCGUUUAAUUUGACAUGAAUAAAGUGGAAAGGACGUUUAAUGAAAGAUAUAGUAACCAUACAAAUUUUAACAUGAAAUGCUGUUUAAAAUGAAUGAACAAUCUUUAACAACUCUGUUUAAACGAAUUGAACUUCUGCUGAUCUGUAUGAGUGAAUUGCCAGCAUGGCAAAUAAACCAAAGUUUACACGAAACAAAACGAAAGUUUAUACGAAAAGAGUAAACGAAAGUUAAUACGAAAGUAAAUGGAAGUUUACACGAAAUAAAAAUGAAAGAUAUAUACGAAAGUGUGUUUUAUAGGAACGGCAGCUAUAUAUAUACGAAUGGUUAAAUAUAAGAUUUUUAGGCAAACUUAUAUCUGACAAUGUAUGAAUGAAGUGUGUAAGGAAACAGAAGAAAGUUUAAACAAACGCCAGAUUACACAAAGAGUAGCGGUAUGUGAAUGAAUGGUUAUUGUAAGCGUUAUAGUGAAACCGAAAUGUUUAGACGAACAAGUGAUUAAUGAUACGUGUAGGGGUGCGUUCGAAUGAUAAGAGUAUAACUUAGCCGUUAGCCGUUCGUAUUCUGGCUUCCUUGUUAAACUCACGAACUUAGUUUAGAACAGAAACUUUGAAACGGACUGCCGGCAGGCGGGAAAAUGACGUCAGGUUCCUGUGAACCGGAAGUAAACAGAAGCACUUCCGAGAUCGUAGCCGACAGGUUAGCAGGGGCUGGUACACACCAAGCGGGAUGACGAAGACCAACUUGGGGAUAGCCUCCUCUGGCCCGGUCUAUGGUGGUCAGAUAGUGUCCCCUGGCUAUGCUAUCCAAACGUUCAUCUACUCGGGGUAUAGGGUAAGCGUCAGUAAUGAUCCGAUUGUUUAGUCGCCUGUAGUCCCUGCAGAACUGAGUAGUUCCAUCCUGCUUCAGUACUGUCAUGGGCUGUCAGAUGUCUCAAUGACUCUUAAGCACAAUAUUUCCUGUAUUUUCUAACGCAUUCCUUCUAGGACUGCUUCAGGUAUACAGCAGGUAGUUUGUCUAAGUGGGGCUUGACCUGGGAUUUUCACUUUUUGUAUGACCAAAGUGGUGUAUCUGGGUUCCUGGAAAAAAGUCAGUUGCAUGCUCUCCAGUAACUGAUGGGCUUGGUGGGUUUCUAGUCUAGUUAAACGGUCCCCUAAGUAUACUUGACUGAAGAGAUCGGUUUGAGGACUCUCUAAGAAAUUGGGUAGGGGUAGAUUGUCAGGGUCGUCAGCAGCUGGGGCACAUACAGCAGCUACAAUCUUCCUACCUUUCCUGGUACUCCUUCAGCAUAUUAAUGUGGAAGGAGCGCUGUAUCCUCUCAUCGGCGCAGCUUGCUACCACAUAAGUGGUAUAGCAGGGUCGUUCAACAUUUUGUAGCGGCCCUGCCACGCCGCUUGCAAUUUAUCUUGUCGGACAUGCUUUAAUACAAGCACCUUUUGUCCCACACGAAAAUUACGCUGUCGGGCACCACUAUUGUACCAUACUUUCUGUCGCUUGCAUAGACCGUUAGUCUGGGGAUGAUAGGGAGAACUUUGUAUGGGUUUUAUCCCACAAACCUUCCAUAACUGGUGGGUAAUGUUGGCUGUGAAUUGGGUACCCUGGUCUGAGAGGAUCUCUUUGGGGAAACCCACCCUAGAAAAUAUUCGGACCAGAGCAUCUGCUACCGUCUCUGACUAAAUAUUUGCGAGUGCAACGGCUUCUGGUAAGUAUGUAUCUCUUAACGGAAGGAACUGGGCCUAUCUAGGGGUCCUAAUAUGUACACCACUACACGACUGAAGGGCUCCUCGAUAUUUGGCAAAGAUCAGCCAAGCUUUGUGGUGGUCCCUGCUCUUACCUACUCACUGACAAAUAUCACAAGUUUGGCAGCACAGCCGAACAUCCCUAGAGAUCCCUGGCCAAAAGAAGUUCUGGGUCACUCUAUGAGAUGUCAGGCAUAUGCCCAGAUGCCCCGCUAAAGGUACAUUGUGCCCAAUCUGGAGAAGUUCCAACCUGUACUUCCUUGGAACUACAAGCUGGUGCUUCUGGGAUGGGGCUGUCCCUCUAAUGUGUGUUUUGGUUAUCUUGUAUAACCGGUCCUGCUCCCAGAUGAACCUUUCGCUCUCUAAACCCCUUUGUUCGGUGUCUGCCUUGGUCCUAUGAUUGUGUAGUGUGGAGUCUUCCCGGGCCUCUCUCCCAAACUCCUCUAAGGUAUCCCAAGCUUACGGGGUCGGACCUACUGUCAAACUCAGAGGUUCAAUUGCCUAAUUUCCUGUGUUGUUGCCAGUUGUCUGGAGAGGCAGCCUGAACAGGGUCAGCGUCAUGUAACACCUUUGUCAGGUUUAGCCUUGGUUUCUAUGCAGUGGGCUGUGGCCGGGGAUAGUGCAGCGUUGGGGAUUCUAGGGGCCUUGGGGAUUCUAGGAGGCAAUUGCUUCUCACACGUCCCAGCUGUUGGCAUCGGAAGUAUCGGGGGCCUAUCUUUGGGUUGCCUGGGUAGCCCCAGGUAAGGAGGUCGAGAUUGGUGAGGGGUCGCUGGGAGGGGACCUUAGUGGUGGUCUGUCAGUGUCUGUAUACUCUGGGAUUUGCAGAUUAAAAAAAUGUUCCAGGAGAAAUAACUGCAACACCUUUUCUCCCAACACUGCUUUGCACCCUGUUACCCAGUGAGAUGGAGUUCUGUGGAGGCAGCAAGCCCAUUCACCAUAAGAGUCAUUAUCUGACUUCCUUAACUCUCUAAACCGCCUGGGGUAUACUUCCGGGGUAACUGCAUACCUGGUGAGCAAUGCUUCCUUUACGCUGUAGUAUUGAUGGAUUUCUCCAUCAAGUAUAGCUCUGAAUGCCUCGGCAGCUUUGCCUGAUAGCUUCCCCCCAGGAUUGGUACCCAUUCCUUUUCUGGUACCUUAUGGAAAGCACAUUGCCUAUCAAAGUCUGCAAGGUAUCCAUCAAUUUCCCCCUCUGCCUCUUGGAAAGUUUUGAAGGCGGAGAACUGAACCCUUUUCCGUUCUGGUGCGGUGGAGAGGCUUUCAGCUGCAGGGCUUCCUGAACGAUGGAUCUCCGCCAAGCAUAGCUGGUACUCCCGCUUAUCUCGUGCCCCAGCACUUGCAAUGUGAUUUCCGCUGGAGGGUUGGGCCCGAACAAGGCUAGACGCAGCCGAACGGUUGCAUCUGUUAGUCUUCCUCCAAGUUCAUGGAAAUCGUUUCGGCAAGGGGGUUGGUUCGGUCCUGCGCCAUCAGUUCGUUGAUUAAAUCUCUUUUCGUACGGUUACUGGCAAUUCAUCUCUUCAGCAAAUCUUUUAGUGUAGAUUGUUUAAGCCAUUCGUAUCCGUUCUCCAUCCGUUAUUCUGCCACUUGCAUGAGUCAGCAUCUGUUCCUGGGAAAAGACACCAUCCCACCACUAACACCAGAUGUGACGGCCACCCGGAUAGGAACACGGGUUUCGCCUCCAAGAAUGUCUCUUCCCUCAUUCCAGAACUCUGCUGCAGCCACUCUAGUAAUAAUAGCAAUCAAGAGUAGAAUUUCCCAAGUAGUAAAACGUCAGAGUAGGUAUAGCUUUUCCCCCACACACAUUAGUCGAGACUGAAUGCUGGGAGUGAACUGUAUUAUCCAUGGCCACACAUGGCCUUUUUAUGCAAAAGCCCCCUGCAAGGGGUUUCCAACACAACAUUACUGGGUCAUCCCCCCCAUUAUCCUCUGUGCCUAAGAGAGAAUUCAGUUCCCUCUCAGGUACAUAAAAUCUACAAUUUCUAUAACACCCCAAAACAUACAGCAAACAACCAUAUACCCCCUCAAGUCUUAUAACCCCGGGUAGCCUGGAUCUGAAUGCACAGUAUAUGCAAAAAGCACUCAGAUCCCACUAAUACAGCCGAAAUGCCACUGAGGUAAGUAUUUGACUGACCGCACACGAGGCUCCUGCCCAAAAUAGUUCCAUAGAAUCAGUGGUAGCGGUCGGUCUCUUUUGGCAGUAUGAAAACACACAAAAUACUGAACGUAUGCAUGAGCCGGUCAGCAGAUAGUGUUCACCUCAUUCGUGGGGAUGAUUCCAUCGAACAGUGUUCUCCGAGAAUGUAUAGAAACAAACACAGGCGGGGAUGGAAGUUCAGCAUUGUUUGCGAGGAUGAUUCUAGUUCCAUGCUCUCCUGACGACGGCAUGUAGACACACCGAAACCCACGUUGAGCGUUUCUAAAUCACUUUUUUAUUUUGGGCACUGGGUAGCACUUAUUAUGAUUUAAUUAGUUUGUCUUCAGACUUAGCAAUUUGUUCUACCAGGCGCAGGAGGAUUUGUGGUAUUUGUGAGACUAGCUGAGUUUUAUGUGUUAUAGGAUUACCAUUAGGGCUAGCUUUUUCUACCCUUGGUGUCUCAGCAUAACUUAUACUCUUUGAACAUUUUUGCUAUUUGUAGGAGGACUACGUCUUCAUAGGUAGAGGGUUAUACAUACUUUACAGUUCUUACUGGGAAGCCCAUUGGGAUUUUCUACCCCUAUUCCCCAGUAUUUACUGUUGCCUUUACCUUCUGAUUCCUUCCCCCUUCCCCGACCAGACCUGGUUUAUCACACAUUAUGCACAUGUGGUUUAUGCACAUUACGUCACCAAUACUCCUCUAUGAGGACCAUUUGAUUGGACCACACCAGAGGAAACCAUGCCUCCUCUGUGAUUGCACUGGGGGAAGAAGUGGUAACAAGGUAAGUAAAUCUUUUUUACAUUUAUUUUUUUUGCACCGUAUGGUGGGAGGAUGGGGGAUACCUGCCUACAAGUAGGGACAGGAAUACUGUUGCAUUAGGAAUACAGAUUUUUAGUUCUAACGCUAUAGUGUCACUUUAUUGAGAUGAUGGUGUUAUCUAUGAUAUGGGAGAUUUCAGGUGUUGAGUUGAGGAUAAAGGGCAAUCACUAACAGCUCAGUUUUAUUAAAAAUUAGAGAGAUUUUUCAUUGGCACAAAAUAAUAAUACCGUUGCAAGAAAAAGUAUGUGAACCCUUUGGAAUGAUAUGGAUUUCUGCACAAAUUGUUCAUAAAAUGUGAUCUGAUCAUCAUCUAAGUCACAACAAUAGACAAUCACAGUCUGCUUAAACUAAUAACACACAAAGAAUUAAAUGUUGCCAUGUUUUUAUUGAACACACCAUGUAAACAUUCACAGUGCAGGUAGAAAAAGUAUGUGAAACCUUGGAUUUAAUAACUGGUUGAACCUCCUUUGGCAGCAAUAACUUCAACCAAACGUUUCAUGUAGUUGCUGAUCAGACGUGCACAACGGUCAGGAGUAAUUCUUGACCAUUCCUCUUUACAGAACUGUUUCAGUUCAGCAAUAUUCUUGGGAUGUCUGGUGUGAAUCGCUUUCAAGAGGUCAUGCCACAGCAUCUCAAUUGGGUUGAGGUCAGGACUAUGACUGGGCCACUUCAGAAGGCGUAUUUUCUUCUGUUUAAGCCAUUCUGUUGUUGAUUUAUUUCUAUGCUUUGGGUCAUUGUCCUGUUGCAACACCCAUCUUCUGUUGAGCUUCAGCUGGUAGACAGAUGGCCUUACGUUCUCCUGCAAAAUGUCUUGAUAAACUUGGGAAUUCAUUUUUCCUUCGAUGAUAGCAAUCCGUCCAGGCCCUGACGCAGCAAAGCAGCCCCAAACCAUUAUGCCCCCACCACCAUACUUCACAGUUGGGAUGAGGUUUUGAUGUUGGUGUGCUGUGCCUUUUUUUUCGCCACACAUAGUGUUGUGUGUUUCUUCCAAACAACUCAACUUUGGUUUCAUCUAUCCACAGAAUAUUUUUCCUGUACUGCUGUUGAACAUCCAGGUGCUCUUGUGCAAACUGUAAACGUGCAGCAAUGUUUUGUUUGGGCAGCAGUGGCUUCCUCUGUGGUAUCCUCCCAUGAAAUCCAUUCUUGUUUAGUGUUUUACGUAUUGUAGAUUCGCUAACAGGGAUGUUAGCAUUUGCCAGUGACUUUUGUAAGUCUUUAGCUGACACUCUAGGAUUCUUCUUCACCUCAUUGAGCAGUCUGCGCUGUGCUCUUGCAGUCAUCUUUACAGGACAGCCACUCCUAGGGAGAGUAGCAGCAGUACUGAACUUUCUCCAUUUAUAGACAAUUUGUCUUACUGUGGACUGAUGAACAGCAAGGCUUUUGGAGAUACUUUUAUAACCCUUUCCAGCUUUAUGCAAGUCAACAAUUCUUAAUUGUAGGUCUUCUGAGAGCUCUUUUGUGCGAGGUAUCAUUCACAUCAGGCAAUGCUUCUUGUGAAAAGCAAACCCAGAACUGGUGUGUGUUUUGGUGUGUGUUUUUUAUAGGGCAGGGCAGCUGUAACCAACACCUCCAAUCUCAUCUCAUUGAUUGGACUCCAGUUGGCUGACAUCUCACUCCAAUUAGCUCUUGGAGAUGUCAUUAGUCUAGGGGUUCACAUACUUUUUCCACCUGCACUGUGAAUGUUUACAUGGUGUGUUCAAUAAAAACAUGGCAACAUUUCAUUCUUUGUGUGUUAUUAGUUUACGCAGACUGUUAUUGUCUAUUGUUGUGACAUAGAUGAUGAUCAGAUCACAUUUUAUGACCAAUUUGUGCAGAAAUCCAUUUCAUUCCAAAGGGUUCACAUACUUUUUCUUGCAACUGUAGUUACAUAGCUGAAAAGAGACUUGCGUCCAUCAAAUUCAGCCUUCCUCACAUAUGUUUUUGCUGUUGAUCCAAAAAAAGGCAAAAAACCUAGUCUGAAGUGCUUCCAAUUUUGCAACAAACUAGGAAAAAAUUCCUUCUUGACCCCAAAAUAGCAGUCAGAUGUCUCCUUGGAUCAAGCAGCUAUUACCUCACUAAUUAGAUCCCUGUAUGUUAUGUUUUUGCAAGUAUUUAUCCAAUUGCAGUUUAAACAUCUGUAUAGACUCUGACAAAACUACCUCUUCAGGCAGAGAAUUCCAUAUCCUUAUUGCUCUUACUGUAAAAAAAAAUUUUCUUUGCCUUAGAUGCACUAUGUAUUCUCACAACUUUUUAUUAAGUUUUUCAUCAAUGUGAGCUACAGUAGCUCUUCUGUGAGAUCGGACCAGACGGCCUAGCCUUUGCUCCCCACAUGCAUCAAAGAGCCUUGUGCACCCAUGACCCGGUUUUAUCAGUUGUCCUUCCUUGCACCACUUUUGGUAGGUACCAACCACUGCAUAAUGGGAACACCUCAAAAGGCUUGCCGUUUUGUGAUACUAUGUGGCUUUUGUCUUCCAUCAUGACAUAGUGAGAACAAACAGAGGUACAGUGAGCCCUCAGCAGAUGCUUAGCUCUAAAUCUAAAGUAACUACAUUAAUUGGAAAAAGAAAGUACAUCCUCUUUGAAUUCUAUGACUUUACUUAUCAAGGCAUAAUAACAAUCAUCUGUUUCGUAGCAGGUCCUAAAAUGUAUUUUAUUAAAUAAAUCAUGACACUGUAAUACUGUGUGUUGUUGUUCAUCUGAGGUUGAAUUUACCUAAUUUUAAAACCUGCUAAGGAACAAAUGAUUGUUAUUUAUUUAUUUAUUAUUGCCAUUUAUAUAGCGCCAACAGAUUCCGUAGCGCUUUACAAUAUUAUGAGAGGGGGGAUUAACUAUAAAUAGGACAAUUACAAGAAAACUUACAGGAAUGCUAGGUUGAAGAGGACCCUGCUCAAACGACCUUACAGUCUAUAGGAGGUGGGGUAUAAAACACAUUAGGACAGGAAAUAGCAAUCAAAUAAGGUGGAAAUGCGCUGUGCAUUAUAACUUCAAGUGGUCAUUAUCAUCCACAGAAUAGUGAACAACAAAUCCACUUUGAAUGCUAAAGUGAGUAAUGUUUAAAUUACUUCAUUCAAUAUGAGGGAAUUUGGGACAAGAUAACCAGAGAACUAAAUGGGACACAGUACAAUUCCCCACAAGUCUUUUGGCUUUGUAGUAAACACUUCUGUAGGUUUACAUAUUGAGCUGAAGUUCAUUGCCAAAUGUAAUGAGGAAAAUGCUAAGUUAACAGUUAUUUUGUUUUGUUUUAUAGGUAAGAUUUUGGUCCACUGUGCUGUGGGAGUAAGCAGAUCUGCAACUUUAGUUCUUGCAUACCUUAUGAUACAUCAACACAUGAAUUUGGUAGAAGCCAUUACUACAGUAAAAGACCGCAGAGGAAUCAUUCCCAACCGAGGAUUCCUACGUCAAUUAAUAAAUCUGGACAAUACCUUAAUGCGGAAUCGUUGAUCUCAAUAUAACUUCUUAUCUAUUCAAUUAUGGGCUAAUUUUAUUGAGCCCUCAAUCUAAUCACCAAUUACAUUAAUGCUAAAUUACAAUGUACUAACGCAAUACAUUUCACAGUCUAUGAUUUAAAUGAAGGGGCAUGUAAAAUACACUAAAACGUUUUGUUUUUUUAAAUUAAAUACCAGUUAUUAGACAUUUAAUAUAUGUAGUCUGAUUUUAGGGAACAGUAUCACUAAGAUUCAAUAAAUGUGCUAUUUUAAUUUUGUGGCUGGCAUUUGUUGUCAAACAAAAUGAAGCUUAAGAGUUUAACAAUUCUAUAUUUUAAAAAUGCUAUUUAACUUCCAUCUUGACUACUAAUUACAUAGCUCACAGAUUAUUGCACAUUAGCAGAGUUCUUCAUAUCACAUGUUUAAAUUGAAGAGGUUAACAAAUUCGAGCCAUCAACCAUCACAUUUUCAUGAAUUAAAUUGCUGUUCUGAAGACCCAAUAAAACUUUUACCUUCUAAUAGAUGAAUGCAAAAUCAAAAGAAGAAUAGACUGGCAUUCCUUUUGAUUGGCUGAACAUUUAACAUUUUAUUUUUUGAAUCAAUUGAUACACAGACUGAGAAUCAACUAGCACAAAGUUGGCAAGGUAAAUGCAUA